AUGGCGGGAAAGGAGGCGGCGGCGGUGGCGGCGGCUUCUUCUUCUUCUUCGCCUCUCCGGAGCGGCGCUGCUCUCCGCGCGGAGCCCGGCCUGGCGUCGGAGGAGAAGGCGGGAGCCCGGCCCAAGCCGAGAGGUGACGGCACUCUGCACAUGCUCGGGGGAGGCGGCGCCGCUCUGCGCAUGCGCCUGGGAGAAGGCGGCCGCGCUCUGCACAUGCUCGGGAGCACCGCUGCUUCUUUUUUCUUUCAUGUAUUUUUACAUAUACAAUUUUGCAACAAAUUAGUUAUAUACAUUUUCUGAAUCUCUUGACUUCCCUCCAUCUCUUAAAUGGAUCCUAAUGACUAUUUCUCCAAGUUUACAUAUCAAUACAGUUUCCAUAAUUCUCAUUUUUCUUAAUUGUCCACAAACUUCGUUUCUUUACAAGUGAUUUUUUUAAAACUCCAGCUAACGUUUUAAUUUGUUUACAAGGGUCUCCUAGAUAGGUUAUAAGCCCCCCCAGUUCUUUUUUAAAGCCUUUUAUCUUCUUGAUUCCUUAGUCUCCCGGUUAGUUUAGCCAUUUAGCUAUUUCACCUGAACCUCCCUGAGACCUUUGAGUUUAGGGCGGUAUAGAAAAUAAAUAAAUAAAACAAAUUUGGGCAUAAUCCAGCAAUUUUGGGUUGCCAUUCUUCCCUAGUCGGGAUUGUUGCUGUUUUGUCUUAAUCAUUUGUUUGCUUUAUUUUGUAAGCCGCCCUGAGAUCCCCUGAGCAAGGGCGGAAGAUCCAUCUAGUUAUAAUAUAAAAUAAGACCCGUAUGAUGGGGGGGUUAUGGGGGUAAGUGUGAUGCACAUGUUGUGGGUGGGGGGAGAAGGAGAUGCAUAUAUGCAGGGGGGACAGAGGUCUCUGCACGUAAUAAUAAUAAUAAUAAUAAUAAUAAUAAUUUAUUAUUUAUACCCCGCCCUUCUGGCUGGGUUUCCCCAGCCACUCUGGGUGGCUUCCAACAGAAUAUUAAAAACACUAUCAAACAUUUAAAGCUUCCCUAAAGAGGGCUGCCUUCAGAUGUCUUCUAAAAGUCAGAUAGUGGUUUAUUUCCUUGACAUCUGAAGGGAGGGCGUUCCACAGGGUGGGCACCACCACCGAGAAGGCCCUCUGCCUGGGCAUAGUCAUGAUUUAUGUUGGGGGAGGCAGAACUUCAGCUAGUUCAGAAUUUUUAUUGAUUUUGGGUGAGCAGCUGCCCCCCUGGCUAUGCCCAUUGGGGAGGGCAAGGGGCCCUACAGGAGCAAGAGGAACUCUGCACGUGCUUGCUGCCAUUCUGGAGAGGGAGGCGCUUUGCCCCCUCCUGCCACAGUCUUCAGAAAAGCCGCUCCUGACAUGCUCAGAGGCACCUUGCCUGUUCCCGUUUCACGCUUUUCCCUUUUGUCUCCUUUCUGCCUCCUUAGGGGCAAGAAUCGUGCCCUCGCGAUACCUGGACUAUCAAAAAGGAUCCGGAAAGGUGAGAUCUGGAUGUGAAAUUCCUCUUUUUGGUGUUUCCGCUUUCGGUUUGUGUGUCACUUGCUCUUGAGAAGUCUUUGGUAAAAUAAUUGCUAAGAAACGGGUUGUGGCUCCUCGUUUGUGGAUUGCUCUCUCAGGAGGUUUGCCUGGUGCCUUUAUUAUAGAUUUUUGGCUCCUGGCGAGAAUGUUCAUCUUCAGCCAGGCCUUGGGCUGAUUAAUAUUCUACAGCUUUUUAAAUGUGUCUGUGAGAAGGGGGCUAUCGCUGUUUUGCUGUUUUGUUUUAAUUGUUUACUUGUUUUUCUCCCAUGUUUUCUUCUGUGAACCGCCCUGAAAUCUUAUGACAAAGGGCGGUUUAUAAAUCUAAUAAUUAAUAAUAAUCCUUGAAAUAAAUUCCACCGAAACGUGCUUGGGGUGGGUGUGGGGAGAGGUGUAAACCCUUUUAUUUUGAUUUAUCCAAUUGCUGGAGUGUGUUGAAACACUCACACUCCCCAGCCAUGACAUAACAGCCCAUGCCUAACUUGCCGUGUCUUAUUCUUCAUUUCCAGGCCGCUGCCAAAGCCACAGCUGGUGAGUUUUUUUGGGGGGGGGGGGUCCCAGCAUCUUGAAGGGGCUCUCUGGGGUGGAACUGCCUUUCUCGGGGGCAAGAUCGCAUGAUGGUGGGGUUCCUUCCGACACGGUUAAAUCUGUCGAAAAGGCGAUCUGGAUUGGUAAUUCCCUCCUGGCUCUUAGAAGACAAUGUCUAUUCUUUGCGGUUUCAAUUCAGCCAUUUCUGAUUUUGAUCUGUGUUUAUUUGUCUCCAUCGUGCAAUUAGUUCAAUGCCGGCAAACCGCUUGGGAGCUGCUCCGGCAAACCAGGAUAAUUGGAAUAUAUAUAUAUAUAUAUAUAUAUAUAUAUAUAUAUAUAUCUCCAUCUCCAGUAGCACCUUAGAGACCAAGUAUGAUUGGGUUUUCCUCCCCUCCUCUAGACCCUCACGAGGUUUUGCAGUCCACUCUGGUGGAGAGCCAUGGAAGAUCCCGGCCUGAACUGGAGGUCUCUGUCAUCAAAAGUACGUGUGUUCCCUCCAGUUACAGCCUUGAACUGGUUGCAGAGGUGCUGGCCUCCUUUCUCGCCCCCAAUGAGAGAACUUCUGCGUGGUUUUCAGAGGGGUGGGGGGCCAUGUCCCGCAGAAGACCCAGGGGUUCAAUGAUGCCUUUCCCCCCAUGUGGGAUAUAUAAGGCAACUCCUUUCGUCCAGGACGAGACCCCUUGAUCUCGCUCCCAGAGAUGUCUUUAGCAUAUGCACCGCCGGGGUGCAAAGAUCCGCCGGGCACCCCCAAAUUUAGUUUAGCCGCCCCCGGAGGUGUCCAAGGCACCCAACAGAAUAUUUUAAAGCACAACAAAACCUCAAAACAUAAAAAACUUCCUUGAACAGGGCUGCCUUCGGAUGCCUCCUAAAAGUCAGAUAGUUGUUUAUUUCCUUGACAUCUGAUGAGAGAGGGUGCCACCACCGAGAAGGCCCUCUGCCUGGUUCCCUGUAGCCUCACUUCUCGCAGGGAGGGAACACCCAGAAGGCCCUCGGAGCUGGACCUCCGUGUCUGGGCAGAACGAUGGGGGUGGAGACGCUCCAGGAAAACACUACACGGAGAAAGCAGGGGGGUCAUUGUCACAGCCAUUUGUGGGUUCCCUCCUCCCAGUUGCAGCCCAGUCUCCUAUCGGCUUUUGACUGUUAACUGGAAUGUAUGUGUGUGUGUUUGUCUUUUCUCUGGUUGCCACUUCCAGGCAAAAGCUGCCCCAGAGCAUCGAGUUCGAAACACCACCUAAAAUCCACCCCCCGAGAAAAGCAGAGCCUGGUGAGCCAUACGAAGACACUGAAUGCAGAUUUUAUUUUCUAGUGAGGGGCUACAAGUUCUUGUUGAGCUGUUGUCAAACAGAUACUCUUAAGUCUGCUGUUAGGUGGCAGUAAACGUUCCCAGACGGGUGAGCCAGUCUUGGCCACGAGGGUCCACUUGUCUUGUUUUGAAUGCAUUUGUUGUUUUUGUGCUUUUAGUUGUCUUUAAUUAUCUUAUGUGUGAAUCGCUUUGAGAUGCCGGUUUAGAAGGCAAUUCAUAGCUUAAUGAUCAUCAUUAUCUGGGACCUAAAUUUCUAUAAUUUAAAAAACUAUAGGAGUGCUAUACUUUCUUAAGCAUGUAAAGAGAAUUGCAGCAGAUUUGCCCUUCCUCCCUGCUUUUCUCGACAGUUUCCCACACGUUUGAUUUGUUAAAGAAUCGGCUUUGUUUUCUUCCAGGUCUCUCCUGAUUCUGACGACCUGAUUCGGAUGCUGGAAUCGGAGACACUUCUGUUGACCUAUGCCUCCCUAAAGGUGAGAGACCAACAGUCUUAUCCCUGCUUUGAGAGCCGGCGGCAAAACGUCACUUAGAGAAGGAUCUGAAAUAUUUCCCUUGAAGAUGGAGUUUGUUUUAUUCUGGAUUGUUUCAUAUGCUGCUUUCAUGUGUUGCAAAUGCCUUUGAGAUUUUUUCCCUUUAAAAUAUAAAGCGGUAUAUAAAUGAGAAGGAGGAGGAGGGAGAACCGUCCCCCCUUUAGAAGCCCCUGCACUAAAUACUUCUUCUUUCACCUGCCUUUUGUGGACGCGUGUUCGAAACCCGACAACAUUGCAUCGCAAACAGAUGGAGAAGAAUACCGCCUUCCUGGAAGGGCGAUCCGAGAGGAGCCUGUUAACCCUCAGCAGGGAGGCUGCGAGGCUGCAGGCGGACGCCCAGAAGAAACGUCGCAGGCUGCAGCGCCUAAGGAAAGACCGCCAGCUCUCCGAGUCGCUGGGCAGACAGGUAUGGGCUUCCUGCUUCCCAGGGGGCAGAUCUGAGGACAGGGCUGGCUUGAGUCUGUCCUGCGGCUAACGCCUCUCCUUCCUUCCACCACCCGGGCUUCCAGCUCGAAGCGCUUGGUCCCGUUUUUGAGCAGAGCCCGGCAUUCGAAGAGGAAUACAGGCACUUUGCCACCGCCCUGGACACGGCGAGACACGAGCUGCCGGUGAACGAGAUCUACCUGGGCGAGGACAAGAGCCAGUAUCUAGGUAGGGGAGUGGAUCCACCUCAACGGCAGAGACUCCUGGAUCCAGCCCCAUGUGGCAUCAGGAAGCAUCUGCUUGCAGGGAUGUUGAGGGUGCAAGGAGAGGAUAUAUUGCUUAUUAAUAUCCUUCCUAACUUGUGCUAGCAGAGUGCCUUCCCCUUCUUACGCAGCAGAAAGCUGGUUGCAAACUAAUGUGAGUUUCUUAAGACAAUAAGCAAUUCAAUCUGGCUUGUCCAAAUAAUAUUUUCCUGGUAAGACCCCUUGAAUCCCUCCGAAAAGAAUAAAGACACCGCAGGCUUAUUUACAAGUAACAAAAAGUAGUUUUACUCACGAUUAGGCAGAGCGCAGUGUGAUCCCUGAAGGCAGGCUUUAGGCUUAAAGUUACAAACAGGUUUGCCCCGUAUGGGAGCUAACCUGGGGAACAGGUGUGGCAGCCAGCAGUCCAGUCCAGGUGAUGCAGGAAGCAGGCAGAAUGUACAAGAAGAUUGGGGAAAGAGAAAGGGAGCAGAUUUUUCCUCCAAAAACAUUUUAUUUUAAAAAUACGAUUUAAUUUUUUUUAAAAAAAUCUGAUUUAAAUAAAAAAAAAAUCAUUGAUUUUUAUCCACCCUGACAGCAAGGGAGAUUUGCAGUUUCAGCUUGGUCCAAGAAACAGCCCUUGCAAGCCGUCUCCUGCAGCACCUUGCAAGACCUCCGAGGGCAGGAGUUGCAGCAGCCGGGAACAAUCCUCUCCAAGAAUCUGCUUUUCAGUGGGGAGGGUUCCUGGUUUGAUGCCUGCCAUCUAAGAGGAUCUCUGCCUCUCUCUGAAUCUCUUCCCUCGACUUGCAGACGACUUGCAGAGGGCCUUGGCCGCCACUCAGGAAGCUCUGCGCAGAGCCCUGCCGGAGCACGCCAGGGAAAACGCCAAGGGCCUGAGCGUCACGAAGGAGCUGGAGGAGACGUCCUUGGAGGUGGCUGCCGAGCUGCCAAGGUAUUUAGAGUAAAAGCACAUUUUAAAGGAACCUAAGGAACUUUGUUCCUGUUUGGUUGGGUGGAGGAGGAGGAGGAAGAGGCAAGUUCUUAAGGGGCUGAGGGAGAUCUUGGUGAAUCGUGUUGGGAAUACAGACUUUCUCCAUGUUGGGAAUACAGACGUACUCCAUGUUGGGAAUACAGACUUUCUCCAUGUUAGGAAUACAGACUUUCUCCAUGUUGGGAACACAAACUUUCGAAGAAUGAGACAGAAAUAUGAUGUCCCAUUUCCCCCCCUGCUGAAGUAGAGCAUCUGCUUUGCUUGGAGAUUCACUUUACAAAACAGUGAGAUUGUGGGCCUUUUUGGAACCGGCUUAGAAGAACGCUAAGAACAAGACAGAAAUUGCAGAAAACAAAUGCGUAGAGAGAAGGUAUUCUCAUUUGCUCGUAAGUACUAGAACUGGUCGCCCAGUGCUUCAGAAAGGAAGUUGUUCUUCACUCAGCAGCCCGUUCACCCACGGGACUCACUGCCACAAGGUGGCCCACAGGCUCAGACGGCUUCAAAGGGAGGAUUUAGGCUCAUCCACGUGAUGCUAUUCAGGAGAAGCUGGCUACAAACUCAUUUAUUUAUUGGAAACGAAGGGAUUAGUCAGAGCAGACCCACUGGAUUUAAGGGACGUGCCCGCUUUCCUUGGGUGUACUUUGGGUAUGGUUGGAGAUCCCUGAGUGGUCAUUCGCCAUGAUGGUGCAAUGGAACCAAUAAGAAGAAGAAGAAAUAAUAAUUUAUUUAUACCCCACCCAUCUGGCUGGGUUUCCCCAGCCAUGCUGGGCAGCUCCCAAUAGAGUAUUAAAAACACGAUAAAAUUAAAAACACGACAAAACAUCAGUCAUUAAAAACUUGCCUGAACAAGGCUGCCUUCAGAUGUCUUCUAAAAGUCAGAUAGUGGUUUAUUUCCUUGACAUCUGAUGGGAGAGGGUGCCACCACCGAGAAGGCCCUCUGCCUGGUUCCCUGCAACCUCACUUCUCGCAGGGAGGGAACCUCCAGAAGGCCCUCGGAGCUGGACCUGAGCGAUCAGAAGCUGGGGAGAAAUAAUUUCCUUCGAGGAAGCACCUGGUUGGAGUGACAAUGUUGAACGUUGGUCGGUCUGAGCCGUCAGGACCUGCCGCUCCCAUGUUCUUAGCAAUGCGCCCUGCUAGAUCUUUCGCAAAGAGAUGAGCCUGUUUGCUUCUCUGCUCCCAUUUCCCGCUCUCCUCCUCCUCCUCCAGGACCUUCGCGCACGGACUGGACUUGUCGGCCGAUGUUGGCAAGGAGGCCUCCCUGCGCUGCCAGAAGGUCUUUGAAGACGCCCAGGGGGUCGAGAGGAUGAAACAGCUCUACUUUGGCUAGGCCCCGACCCCCAGCCUGGCCCCCCUCCAGGCCUCUCAUCCCGAACCCGGCAGCUGAAGCCGCCCUCUCUGCCAGGCUGCUUGAAUUUUUGUAUUAAAUUGAAUUUUUGUAUUAAAGCACGUCACUCUUUCACUGCAAAGUCUGGUUGCAACAGUGUCUUCUUUUGGCCUGUUUUAUUUAUUUAUUAUUAUUAUUAUUAUUAUUAUUAUUAUACCGCCCUAUAUCCGGGGGUCCGUAUAGUUCAAACUAUGGUUUUCCCAGUCAUGAUGUAUGGAAGUGAGAGCUCGACCAUCAAGAAGGCUGAUCGCCGAAGAACGGAUGCUUCUGAAUUCUGGUGCUGGAGGAGACUCUUGAGAGUCCCAGGGACUGCAAGAAGAUCAAACCUCUCCAUUCUGAAGGAAAUCAGCCCUGAGUGCUCACUGGAAGGACAGAUCCUGAAGCUGAGGCUCCAAGACUUUGGCCACCUCAUGAGAAGAGAAGACUCCCUGGAAAAGACCCUGAUGUUGGGAAAGAUGGAGGGCAGAAGGAGAAGGGGACGACCGAGGGCGAGAUGGUGGGACAGUGUUCUCGAAGCUACGAACAUGAGUCUGACCAAACUGCAGGAGGCAGUGGAAGACAGAAGUGCCUGGUGUGCUCUGGUCCAGGGGGUCACCAAGAGGCGGACACGACUAAACGACUCAACAACAACAACAUACCCAGGGGUCAUGGGGCGGUUCACAGAAUAAAAUCAAGAUGCAAAACCCUCUUUUAUUGCCCAUUCCAGGUUGCUCAGCCACUGCCCCUAUGUCCUUUCUCUUGGCAGAUCAAGAUGAGCAGGUGACAGCAAAGGUGGCAAGGUUUUUUAGCUGGGGCAAUCAGAGUACGAUCCACUAUUUGACUUGAGUCAAAACCCUAAAAUGUAUUUUACAUAAUUGACUUUUUAUUUCUAUUCUUUGAAUAUUGCAUUGUUGUUUUAUUGCUGUGGCCGGCGGCUGAUGCAAAUAAAUAUAUAUUUUUUUAACCACAAAAUACCUAAUAAGAUACUUAGUGAUGGGUAUGCGUUUUGGUAUGUUUCUGAAAAAAAAAUCAAUAUAACAUUUUAAUAAUAAUAAUAAAUUUUUAAUACACAAUUUUUUCCAAAAUGAAAUAUCCAUAUUUUUUGUGUAUCUCUGAAUAAUCAAUAAUUGACCAAAAAAAACCCCAUUGAGUCCCAACUUUUAACCAUUCCCAGGACAGGAAGGGCAGCCGGGGAAGGGCGCCAGGCGCCGCUCGGGCUUCGCCUGCGCGGUUUGCGCCUGCGCGGCCGCCCCUCGCCUUCCGCUUCCUGCUCCCCCUUCCGCGCGUGCGCCGUGGCGUCGUCCAGCCCGGAAGUGGCCGCCUCCGCGGUGGGCGGGAAGGGGGCGAGGGCGGGGCGAGGCGGCUCCCGGCCGUCGCCUCUCAGCCGCGGGGAGAAGCCCGGAGGAGCCGCCGGCCUCGCUCUGAGGUAAGUGGGGGGGCGCUGAGGUAAUUUUGGGGAGGGGAUUUCUGUGGGGUGGGGUUCUGAGGUAAUUUCUAGGAUGUUGGGUUCUGAGGUACUGUAAUUUGGGGGGUUAUGAGUUAACUUGGGGGGUUUCUGAGGUGAUUGGGGGGAGUUAAAUGUGGGGGUUUAUGAGGUCAUGUUUUGGGGGGGGAAGGAGGGGCUGUGGCACAAUUCUCUCCCCCCCUCAGCUUCGUGUACCGCCUCUAAGAAGGUGUCUCCCUGGGGGGGGGACUGAGGCUGAAGGAGGGGGCAUUUAGAAGACACCCCCCCAGAAUAAUAGUAAUAAUAAAGCCAGGUCCGAGGCCCCUUCGCUCUCUGCCACACACGCCCCCCCCCAGUAAAAUACCUGAGGGAGCCUCCCAAAAAGAAGCCCCAUUCAAAUAGGGGGCGUGUCAUAUGGGCGAGGGGGCGGGGCUUAGCCCCCCAAUGUUAUGUCCAAGGGGGCAGCAAAGACAUACAUGGGGUUUUCCCUUUGCUGAGGUAGUUUGGGGGGGUUACUUGGGGGGAGCAGCUUUUGGGUGGGGGGGGGAGUCUGGUAUAUAUAUAUAUAUAUAUAUAUAUAUGUAUAUAUAUAUAAUGUAUGCAUAUAAUGUAUAUAGUGUAUAUAUAUUAUGUUACAUAUAUAGGGUACAAACAUAUAUAAUAUAAUACAAUAUAUGGUAUGGUAUAAUAUGUUUGUGUGUAUAUAACAUGUAUAUGUGUGUAUAUAUAAUAUAUACAUUAUGUUAUACGGUACAUACAAAUAUAAGGUAUGAUAUGAUAUGUUUCUGUAUAUAUAACAUAUAUGUGCUUAUGCAUGUAUAUAUAAUGUAUGUAUUGUGUUAUACAGUACAUACAUACAAAAUAUAAUAUAUAUGGUACGAUAUAUGUUUGAGUGUGUAUAACAUAUGUGUGUAUAUGUGUGUAUAUUUAUAUAAUAUAUAUUACAUUGUAUUAUAUUAUGCUAUACUAUUGUGUACUAUAUUUUGCUAUAUUAUUCUAUACAGUGCUUUUUUCUAAAAAAAAUGUUUAGGGGUACUCUCAUUUUGACUCCAGAAAAUCACCAUUUUAUAGUUCAAAUUGGGGAAAAAUAAAUACAGUAAACAGACAAAAGUACAAAGAUUCACAUAAUGUUUAGGGGUACGCGUCCCCCCCCCCAGAAAAAGCACCGUGUGUGUGUAUAAUAUUUUUAUCGCUUUCUCUCGGUCAAUGACCAGUAGAGAAGAUAUGGAAGAAAACAGAGAGCGUAAAACGCAGCGUAAUACAUUAAGUAUACUAUGAAAGAUUUAAAAACAAUGGAAAAUAUUGUUACAACAAUGAGAAAUAUAAAAUCAUCACAUUAAAGGGGUAAGAAAACAAGGUAAUUUUUGAGCCCCACAUUGGGCAAAAAAUUCCUGCCUUGCUGGGGGUUGGGCUAGAUGACCCUCAGGGGUCCCUUCCAUCUCUACGAUCCUGUUGUUAUUUUAGAGUCCUCCAUCGUGACAUAUUGUGAAAGUGAAUCCCAUAAUUUCAGUACAUACUGUGUGUGAUACAGUGAUUUCUUUGGUCAGUCCUGGAUCCCCAGGUGAGGGAUUUACCUGAAAGCCGAGAGCUUUGGGGGCACAGUAUGGGGGAGGGGUUGCAGGUAGUUGGACGCUGUACUUCUCUAAUUAUUAUUAUUAUUAUUAUUAUUAUUAUUAUUUUCAAGACUACCCGUCUUGAGGUUGCUUAUCCAGAGAGGGACCCUGUGAGCUGCCUUUAUAUAUCUUUUUUUGUCCAUGUGGAUCAGGGCUGAGUGCGAGUGACGGCAUCUUUACCUUUUGCUCCACUUAAUUGGUUCACUGUGCUGGAAGGAAGAGGGGGCAUGGAGGCAGCCAUCAUUUUGGAGCCCUUCUGCCGCCUCUGUACCAGGUGCUGGGCCUGGUGUGUACAACCUGGGAGAUCUUGGCUGUUUCCUGCCGCUUUCUGCCAGGCCCUUGGGGCGACUCUCUGCUCCCUUCCCUGCAAUUAAGGCUGGGAGUUGGUGGCUGGGCUCUCCCGCCAGCAGCCUUGGGCCACGGAUCCCGGUUUCUGGAGAACAGUCCCCAUCCGGCGGGGGAUCUUGCAUCACUUUGCCUCGCGGAUGCGUUACUAAUAGGGCCGCCCCAUUUGGAGCGCCUCAGUGUGUCUGGAUUUAUUACAGUGGUAGGAAAGGGCUGGUGGCGCUGUCUGAUUUUGUUUAUUUUUCCCCCUGGCACACCUAGGAAGAACUUAAAACAGCCAGUGGGCACCACUGCUCUCCUAGCUGCCCCCCCCCCCCGUGUGUCUGUUUGAAAUUUACUCUCCAGCGCUCAAGAGAGCAGAGAUUUUUGGGGCUGGUCGGGUUGGGUGCGCGUCCGAAGAUGAUAUCAUGAGGCAGCCUUCCAUCGAGCAGAGCAGAGCGCUCACACCCUUAUGUGGUUUGGGCAGCAGCCUCUGUGUCUUGCGUCAACUUUGUAACUAACAGAUUUCUCUCUCUCUUCCCCACCCCUCACACCCCCUCUGCACAUACCACCCCCCCCCCCUCAAUCUGUAGGGGAUAAGUUAGGGCAAGAAAUACCAGAAAGAUCAAGCCAGGCCUUUUGGAUCGCUCUAUUUUUGAAGAGGUUUCACUUCUUAAAGUUUCCUGUCAAGGAGAAAGUGGGGGGGGGGGGGACGACCCACAACACUAGUGUGGCUCAAUGGAUGCACUCUUAGAAUCUAGGGAAUUGUAGUUUUGUGAGGGGCAAACUACAGUUUCCAGAAUUCUAAUUUGGGGCAGGGUGCGCUUUAAAUUUAUGGUGCAGGUGCUUCUGAGGCAAGGCGGGCGUCAGCACACAAGGAGAGCGUCAUUUAUGGAUGUUCUGUGCAGAGAGGGAAAGCAGGGUUUUGUUUUGUUUUGAAUUGAGGAAUGCCCAAUAAAUUUGGUUAGGAGGCCUCUAAUGCUGGAUUGUAUUUUUCAAAAUGGGAUUUUGGCGAGGUUUCCGUCCUUGCCCCCUCGCCAGCUGUGCAGCUGCCACCUCUAACCCUCCCUUCUCCCUCAAGGUGUUCAUGAGAACAAGAGGGAGAGAGCUCUUGUCUCUACUGGCUUGAGGAAGUGAUGGGAUGCGGAUUAAAUACCCCAGUGCUCUCAGUUUGAUAAGCAGACACCUUGGGUGGCUGUGUGUGGCUCUCAGCUGUGAAAAAAAGGUCUUUAAAAGUUUCUGCAUGGUUUCUCUUGCUUUCAACCUCUCGCUGCGAGAUCUUUCCUAACCUCCGACUUCAGAGGUGCUGGUUCUUGCGUGGGGUGGCGGAAGGCAGAGGGAGUCCCCACUUUCUUUCUUCCAAACUUGGAGGAGGCCCCUUGAUGUGGGAGCCUCCUAGGCUCCCUUCUCCCCUCUCCGCCCCCCCCUUCCCCUCUGCAUUUUUCAGCUGCAGAUGUUCUUGAUAACUUCCUCUCUCUUCCUAAGUGAGCCAUGCCUUUUGCUCUCUGCGUCUGGAGGAUGACUAGCUGACUAAACAAAGAGAUUUCUUCUCUCCCGCCUGCCCCCCCCUUCAGAGGUUGACUCAGUCCGUUUUCUGUGUCACUCAAACCAAACCCCAAAGUGUCUGGGCUGUGUGAUAGGGGCAGAGCGCCAGGCCUCCGGGCUCCUCUCUCAGACCUGCCACACAACCUUAAACAUUUGUCUCCCUGAAUAAUUGAAAGAGGGUUACACGCUGUCUGCUGAAGUGUGUAUGAAAAAGAAGACGCACAUAUCUGGUGGCUGAAACUUCAAGCAGACAGCACUUUUGGUGUGGAAAACAGUGAUUCAUGGACGAUGUUAGCUUGAAUAAUCCAGAGUAUGAAUAAACCGCUUGAGUCGUAUGCUUCUAGCCCUCAGUUACCCACCCUUUCAUGGGUCGAGGAGACUCCAACCCGUACAGAUCUUAAAUUUAUUUGUGGGGACCUCUUUUUUUGAGAGUGCAGCGCUAGACAUCUGAUUUCCGACCCUGCCCCAGGACUUGAGGUCUCAGCUUGCCAGGGAAGUUCUGUGGCUUCACUCCCUCUGUGGAAGUAUUGAGCGGGGCAGCAAUCUUGGCUGCAGGCCCUGGGUUCAAAUCACAUACGGGGCGGUGGGAGCAGCCCCUCAGUGGCUGAUCUCGAGCAUUCAUAUUCAAGGCUCUAGGUUUUAAAAAACCUAUGUGUUUCUCUCUCUUUGUUCCUUUCUGUUUAAAAGACAAGACCUGCGAUGAGGUAUUUAGAAACUGACACCACCACCCAGCCUUUGAGUCUGCAGAUGGGGAAAACUUGCAGCUCAGCAGCCUUCCUGUACGCAACCUAUGCAGACAUGAUCAGUGAUCAGUGUAGGAUUCCUUUUGAUUUGAUUUCCCAUAUUUCUAUGCCGCUUUCCAUUCCAAUGGACCCCAAAGCGGCUCACAAUCAAUAAAUAGCAAUAGCAUGAGAGAGCACAACAGAACAUCGCAACUACAGCAUAAAUCAUAUAGAAUAAUUAACAGCUAAUCAGUGAAGCAGUUGCAGUCUGUAAAAUACUGUGCUGCAGCUACGCACAGGCCUGUGCCCUUGGCACUGAACUGCCCAAUGUUUGCACAGGGAUUAGCAAAUCCUUCCUUGCUGUUGUUGUUUGGGUCUGUGUUUGGUUUUUCCAAAAAAAAAAAUCCAUUCAUGUCUACAAAGUCCUCCUCUUGUGUGUGUGCUUAGUUCUGUUUCCUAACGCUCUCAAAGGCCUUUUUGGUAGUGAAAUGGAGCAUGGAAGCUCUGGACUUUAGCGGAGCUGCUGUAACACAAUACAACACUCAGACAAAGGUGGUCCUGUUGCCUUUCAAAGGGAAGCUCCUUAAAUAUUUUAGGCCCAGGCCUAAUGGUUGUGAUCUCUCUCUCUGUGUUUGUUUGUGUGCGAGAGAGAGAGAGGUGCUAUCUUACAAUAGUGUGACUUCGCCAAAGCUGAAUUGUCUGCUUUUGAAAAGCAAAAAUUUGCAUUAACUUGUCAGUGCAGGAAAAGAGGUGGUGUGGGAACACCUAGCUACUUUAAGUGAAUUCAGGUCUCCAGGGCCUGAUGAGCUGCACCCAAGGGUGCUAAAGGAGUUUGCGGAUGUAAUCUCAGAGCCUUUGUCUAUGAUCUGGGAGAAUUCUUUGAGGACAGGUGAGGUCCCUACAGACCGGAGGUGGGCAAAUGUGGUUCCCAUCUUCAGAAAGGGGAAAGAAGACCCAGGUAACUACUGACCGGUGAGCUUGACAUCGCUACCAGGAAAGGUCCCAGAACAGAAAAUUCAACAGUCGGUUUGUGAGCACCUAGAAAAGGAUGCCAUGAUUUCUAAGACCCAACAUGGGUUUCUCAAAAAUAAGUCAUGUCAGACAAACCUCAUUUCUUUUUUGGAUGGAGUUACAAGCUUGGUGGAUCAGCGGAAUGCUGCGAAUAUAGUGUGUUUUGAUAUCAGUCAAGUUUUUGACAGAGUUCCCCAUGAUAUUUUUGUGAGGAGGCUGGUAAAAUGUGGGUUGAAUGAAGUAACUCUUAGGUGGAUUUGUAGCUGGUUGACCGACUGAACCCAAAGAGUACACAUUAAUGGUUCCUCAUCAUCCUGGAUAAAAGUGACAAGUGGGUGCUGUCGGGUUCUGUCCUGGGCCUAUUGUUCAACAUCUUUAUAAAGGACUUGGAUGAAGGAAUUGGGAUGCUCAUCAGAUUUGCAGAUGACACCAAACUGGGAGGGGUAGCCAACGCCGCAGAAGACAGAAUCAGAAUUCAAAGUGACCUCAACAGAUUGGAGAACUGGACCCAAACAAAAUGAAUUUCCAUCGGGAUAAAUGUCAGGUUCUGCACUUUGGCAGGAAGAACCAGAUGCACAAAUAUAGGAUGGGAGAUACCUGGCUCACUAGCAGGACAUGUGAAAAGGAUCUAGGGGUCUGGGUGGACCACAAACUUAACACGAGUCAACAGUGUGAUGCGGCAGCAAAAAAAGCGAAUGUUAUUCUAGGCUGCAUCCACAGAAGUCUAGUGUCCAGAUCAAGGGAAGUCCUAGUCCCACUCUGUUCUGCCCUGGUCAGGCCACACCUGGAAUCCUGUGUCCAGUUCCGGGCAUCACAAUUUAAGAAGGAUGUUGACAAGCUGGAAGGUGUGCAGAGGAGGGUGGCCAAGAUGCUCAACGGUCGUAGCUGGGUGGUAGGAUACCUGUUUUGCCUUCGAAGGUACCAUGUUCAAUCCCAGGAAUCUCCAGGUGGGGCUGCUGCCUGUCAGUGUAGACAAUGCUGAGCGUCAGGUGAACCAGUGGUCUGACUGUGCAGCAGCUUCCAGUUUAAACCAGUCCUUCAGUCAUAAUCAUGAGGACUAGAAUCUUACUGUCCUUCUCAUAAAAAUCAAGUAAGUUGCUCAGGAGUGGGACAGACAGACAGACAGGUCCCAAGUUCAGUCCGCAGGAACCCCAAGUAGGGGUGGGAGUGGUCUCCUGUCCGAAAUCCAGGAGAGAUGUUGCUGCCAGUCAGUGCUGGGCUGGGUGGAGCGAAUGGUCUGAGCUGGUACAGAGCAGCUUCUGGAGUUCCUCUAUAGUGGACCCGUAAUGUUUUCAGCAGUCUGAAGGAGUUCUCUGUUUCCUUUUGCCGUAACUUUGGGAUCUCUGCCCUUCACAACUCCGGGGCCUUCAGAAAUCUCCCAUCUCUGUCGGCAGGGACAGAAAGGCCCAUAUUUGUAAAUAAAGUGUGUGGGUCGAUGGAGGGUUUUUUUUUGGAAUGAGUUGUUUGAGGCUGUUGCUUCUGUGACGAUUCUGCCUCCUCCAGAGGGGGCGGCAAUAAAUCCCAGUUUAGCAGGGAAGAACUUAUUGAGCCAAAGUGGUUCACUUGCAGAAAUGUGCCUUUUAUUCCCCCACCCACCCCCUGGCUGCCCAGUUUUGCUAUAAUGGUAGCUUUCCCUUUUUAGCAUUGGCAUGAUUCAUUGGUUAAACAUGCAGCUCAAAAUUACGGGUUUAUGUAGACUAAACCACUGCCUCGGACAGAUUGGCGGGAUGGGAUGGGGACAGACACUCUGCCGUGUUUUCCAGAGGCUGUGAUAUGCACAAGGUAAGAGUUCUCUGCGCGCUUUGCAAAUCCUUUGACACCGAGGUGCUUUCUGUCAGGUUAUACAGGGAAGCCUUAGGCCUUGAGAAACAGCCUCAGAAUUUCUGUCUGCAAAAGGCUCCGGCAAAUUACUUUCUACGAAGCCAGAAAUUUGCUUCCCUUUUCUCUGCUGCUUCGGCUCUAGCCCAAAUAGCAGCUCCCCCCUCUUAACCAAGCGGCCCUCCCUUGGCAAACAGACCAUUGCUCCAAAUUGGAAGAAGCUGUAGUUCUCCGUGCCCAGGAAAGGGCAUUCGCUGGCACCAGAGCCUUCUGAAAACCUCCAGAGGAAAGCGAUUCCACAGCUUCCCCUCCGUGGCUUAGCUGAAGGAGAAGUAAGCUGAGUUUCCUAUGUGUCAUGCCUUCCCCUUGGAAGGAAGGGAGGGAGGAAGGAGUGAGCUCUCCGGGUCCUCAUCUGCCUUGAGAGCGGGGCGGCCUCCCUCCACUCUGGUAAGAACUCAAGACAUGCCUGGGGAGAAUUUGCCUGACCCUUGACUUCUCCCCUAAGUAGGCGUGUUUCCUAAGCGGUCACGUUGCAGCCGGUUUGUUCCGCCAGAGCCCACGGGCAGCAAGAGACAAAGCCGUGUCUGUUCCUGGCCUCCCUUUUCAGGCAGCACGGGGUUCCUGCUUUGGUUAAAUCGACGGGUCACAGAAACGGCCUUGUGGUGGGUGGGUCCUGCCUUGCCUCACUUCUGUCAGUGGGGAGGCAGCCGUUCACCCAUUCCUCUUUGCAGCCCCCUUUCCUGCCAUCUUCCUGAGGCUCAGGUAACCUGUCCCUCUGCCUUCCAGGAUUUGUGACAAGGCUGCCCAUUUUGUUUUGUAUUUCCUAUGGGAGGGAAGGAGAAACACCGCUUCCCUACUCAUUGGAAAAAGGGGGCAAAGGCAUGGGAGCUCAAGAACAACUCUCCCCACUUGUGGUACCCAGUGACCAGAAUUCAGGGGCCUACUGCUGCAACUAUCUCCAGUGUGGCUAUUAGCCGGGGGUAACCUUAUCUUGAAGACAGGAGUGCCUGGUGUGCUCUGGUCCAUGGGGUCACAAAGAGUCGGACACGACCAAACAACAACAACAACAAACCUCAUCUUGCAUAAAACACUGCAGAGCACUGCACACGUUCCUGGGUUCUUUGUGACCUUUUAAUUGGGCCUAAUGACAAUGCAUUUUAUCCUCUUGUCUCCUUUGGGGAGAACAAAUGAGAGUGAACACUCAUCCCUUGGCCUGGCUCUUCCGGCCUUCUUUUGUGCUGCUUUGAUGACGCCUGGCUGCUUUUCAGGCUUAGGACUCGCUUUUUGGAAAGCAUCUUUUGAAUGGCACUGCUGCCUGCUAAAACCCUGGGGGUUAUCAAGCUGCUUGUUUCCUUCUGUGGCUCAGAAUAUCCCGGAGGGCAAGUGCUCCUUGAUGAUAAGAUGACAGGGCCAGUUGUGGUCGUGUCAAUUGAGUGUGGCUGGUGUGACAGAUGAACCCAGACCUUGCCAGGCUGCCUCUCCCAUUGAGUACAACGUGAUGGGCAGCUGACUUUCGGUGUCACAAAAAGGCUGUAUUAGCAAGGAGGGCAUGCUAAAAGCUGUAUAUCUGUGGUGUGGAGAAAGCAGAUAGGGAGAGGUCUUCUCCCAUUGUCGCACUGGAAUUUGGGGCCGAAUGUUGGAAGGUUCAGGGCAGACGAAAGGAAGACUUUAUUCACAUAGGCACUGAAGAAUUUGUUCCCACAAGAUGUUAGUAAUGAUCUCCAAUUUACAUGGCUCAAAAUCGAGACAAAUAUACCAUCAAAGGCUGUAAGCUAUGAUGGUGCCUCUGAAUGUCAGUUUUUGGGAAUCGCAAGCUGUUCUCCAUCCUGCUUGUGGGCUUCCCUUGGGGGGCAGCUGCUUAGCCACUGGGCUAAGUGGACCCUCUUCGGCCUGAUCCUGCUGCUAAGUUCUUCUUCAGUUAUUAACACAAUGCUGUCAUUUUGCUCCCCAGGACAGGUGAUGGUGAGGUGUUCUUGUUUCAGGCGCCAAAAUAACUUGGUCAGAGGAGGGUGCGCUUGGGGAAAGGAGACACCCAUCUGCUCUUCUGCUCCAGGCACAAAAAUGUGUGAAACCGACCCUGGCGACUGGCUCUGCGAGUCAAUGUUCUGGAGAAUUGCAGAAUCACAGAGUUGUAGAGUUGGAAGUGGGGUGCAAAGGGCCGUCCAACUCCCCUUUCAGCUUGACCAUGGCGAUUCGGCCAUGCUGCUUUCCUUCACCCUGCCCAUCUGCUUGGGCGUUCAGUUUUUACCUUCUCUCGCAGCUCUGUGUUGGGCUGUUUUUACAAGUUUUCUUAAGGUGUGGCUCCUCCCAUCGAGAACUGCAGUUAAUUCUGUGUGCAUAGGGCUCUUUUAAAAAAUGUCACUGUCCAUUUGCACAGGUGGCUGCAUUUUGGGGUCCCUCUGCGCCUGUGCACCGAGGCUGAGAUUGGCCUGUCAGUUGGACGGCUGUGGCUGUUGUUGCCUCGUGCUUCUCUGCAUCCCUGCUCUAAACAAACUGGAAGCUUUUUUUAGGGUUGUAUCAAAUGAGUAGACCCAAUGAAGUUAUAGGACAUUACAAACUCAGUUGCGUCUGUAUCACUGGGGGGCUACUGUUGAGUAGAACUUGUUUGAUACAACCAUUGGAAAGCACUUUUUACUGAAAUGCUUGCAAAUGUUUCAAGAUAUGGCAAUAACAUUCUUUACAGCGGAUUUUAAGGGAAAAAGUGAAGGCACUCGGAAUUGUUACCAUCCUUGACUGUGAAUGUAUGUACCACUUCAGACUAAUCACGUGAAAGAAGCUAAUUGCAGCUUCUGAUUUGCAGAUUUGAUUACUGCCAUGUUCAUUCCAGCUGCUUGGUUUGGCAUCUUACAAUGUCACUAGCUAAUGUUACGGAUUUCUUUUAAAAUGGGAGAAAAUUUUCCACUGAAAAAUGUGUUGUAGAAAUUUCCCCUGAGGUGGGAAAGAUCCCCCACAUUGUACCAUGUCCCUUGGGACAUCAGAAAUCCAAGGUGAUGGUAGUUUGGGCUUGCCUAGACCUGGAGCAACGCCGGUGUCUUCAAGGAGCUUAAAAAAACAAAGUCAUAUGUGUCCCUUUGCCAUUUAUCCGGAAUCUUCCCCAUCCAAAGCAGCCUUUGUGUUUUGGAGAGUUUGAUUUUGGGUAUGUUUUUGCCCAGGCUUUGCCGCAGAGACUCGGAGCAGCUUGUAGCAAACAGUGCAAACUGAAUGUUCCUGCUGUGAGGGUGCGUGUCAUCUCUGCCCCAGGAGCAGCCCUGGCCCCUUCCAGAUCUGCUGACUCCCAGCCACAUUGGUCACCUCGUCUCCACAGACGCUUCUGCUGGUGUUCAUAGGACCAAGGAUGGCUCCUGACAUCUCCACCAUCUUUAAGUUCUCUUCACCUAGCUCAGGGUUGUCCUCUGAACUAGCCAGAUGUUCAGUCAGUCCCAGUCAGUCCAUCAUUUGAAAAAAUGAGACUUCAGAGCCGUCUUGCUCCAAAAUGGCAACUAGACAUUCCGUUUUGGCGACUGCAACCUCAGUUUAAGGAGCCGUUUUGUGCCCUGCUUAUAUAUCUUGAGUUUCUAACGCUGCCAGUGAGGUAGGUUAGGCUGAGAGAGAGUGACUGGCCCAAAGUCACCCAGUGAGCUUCAUGGCCAAGUGGGGAUUUGAACCCCGGUCUCCCAGGUCCAUUGCCCGGCGCCUCCGCUUUGGGAUCCUCCCCUGACCCGCCUCUCUCCUUCCUUUUCCUUCCAGAUACCCAGCCCCGCAGCCGAGCCCAGGGCGGUAUGCCGAGGCAGGAUGAGCGCGAAAGAUGCCGGCGGUGCAGCUUGCCCCGAGAAGGCGGCCUACACUCUUCAUAUUUACCCCCAGCUCUCGGCCGAAAGCGCCUCCUGCUGCCGAGUGACGGCAACCAAAGACGCCACCACCGCCGACGUCAUCCGGGACGUCAUCGGCUCCCUGCGCCUGGAUGUCUCUAAGCACUACGUGCUGGUGGAGGUGAAGGAGUCGGGCGGGGAGGAGUGGGUGCUGGACGGGAACGACUCCCCGGUGCACAGGGUCCUGCUGUGGCCCCGGCGGGCGCAGGACGAGCACCCCCGGCAGGACGGCUACUACUUCCUGCUGCAGGAGAGGAACACGGACGGCAGCAUCAAGUACGUCCACCUGCAGGUGGCCUCCGGGGAGGACGAGGGGCGGGAGGAGGCGCGGCGGCUGGUCGAGCGAGGCUUCCUCCCCUGGCUGCAGGAGGACGUCAACGACCUGUGCAACCUGCCCAACCUGACGGAGGCCACGCUGCUGGAGAACCUCAAGCGGCGCUUCCUGAAGCAGAAGAUCUACACCUACGCCGGCAGCAUCCUCAUCGCCAUCAACCCCUUCAAGUUCCUGCCCAUCUACAACCCCAAGUACGUCCAGAUGUACGAGAGCCACCAGCUGGGCAAGCUGGAGCCCCACAUCUUCGCCAUCGCCGACGUGGCCUACCACACCAUGCUGAAGAAGCACGUCAACCAGUGCAUCGUCAUCUCCGGGGAGAGCGGCUCCGGCAAGACGCAGAGCACCAACUUCCUGAUCCACUGCCUCACCGCCCUCAGCCAGAAGGGCUACGCCAGCGGGGUGGAGAGGACCAUUCUGGGCGCUGGGCCGGUGCUGGAGGUGAAAAGCAACCCAUAAAACUCUCUCUCUCUCUCUCUCUCUGCUGUCAAGUCCUUUUUGUAGCCGGGAAGGAUGGGUUCGGUCUCUGGGGGUCUCAAGUGGGGCGGAUUGCUUCUGUGGAGCUCAGGCCACUGGGGGACAGGAUGGGUGGCUGGUCUAGAUGGGCUCGCUCUGAAUCUUCUCAGGUCCUUACGGGAGAUUCAGGGCAGGCAUAAGGAAGUACAGUACAUCUUUGCCCAGUGCUGGGCUAAACAACAACAACGUCAUUGAUAUGCCCCCCCUCUGCCUGGGUUCCCCAGCCACUCUGGGCGGCUCCCAACAAAUGAAACAAACUGAGCACAGAAAAACGUCAAACAUUUAGAAACUUCCCCAUGCAGAGCUGCCUUCAGCUGUCUUCUAAAACUCAGAUGGUGGUUUAUUUCCUUGACAUCUGAUGGGAGAGGGUGCCACCACCGAGAAGGCCCUCUGCCUGGUUUCCUGUAACCUCACCUCUCGCAGGGAGGGAACCGCCAGAAGGUCCUCGGAGCUGGAUCUCCGUGUCUGGGCUGAACGAUGGGGGUGGAGCUGCUUCUUUGGCUAUACGGGGUUGAGGCCAUUUGGGGCUUUCAAGGUCAGCACCAACACUUGGAAGCGUAGUGGGGAGCCAGUAUAGGAUUUGCUCCCAUGGGCUGUCAUGAUGACGCCCAACUUGGAUGGCUUUGAAAGAGGGUUUGACAAAUGCGUCAGGCUGCCGAGGGCUACCGGCCGUGAUGGCUGUGUUCGGAUUCACCAGUGAGGAGAGAUGCUUCUGUUGUCUCCAGCUCCUGCUGGCAGUCUUCCCCUGGGGUAUCAGGUUGGCCUUUGCGAGGACGGGAGGCUGGUCUACAUGGGCUCGCUUUGUCUGGACUCAGCUGCUGCAAGGCUCCUCUGACGUUCUUAUAUGGGUUUUAAGCCGCUCACUAUUGAGGUUUUGGUCAGCUCUGAGGAAGGAAGUAUUAAGACGGGGCCUUUUCCUCUGUGCUGGGCGCUGCUUUGUUCUCAGUGCAGGGCUCUCCUCCUGACUCUCUCCUUAGCAGCAUCUUCCUCUCUCCCCCCCCCCCCCCAUUUUUCCCCCCGGGAUUUCAGAGAUCUCUCCUUAUUUAGUCAUAUUUGACCCAUGCUGUCUUUCACAAAUGGAGAUUAAGAAACAGGAGCGGGUGGGGGGAGCAGGUGUCAUUGGAUGUUGGCUGCCGUUUUCUUUUCUAGUCCUGAGCUGAAGCUGACCUCAUGGCUUGGUUUUAAUCAGAGCGAGAGGCAGCAAAAGUCUCCACAAAGACCUAGCCUUUCUGCACAGUGUAGAGCUGCACUCUGCUUUGCAUAGGCCUUUCUUUCUCAUCCCCCCCCAACUGCUCUUUUUCUGUCACAUGCUUGCUUCUGUUUCCUAAUCCUCGGAGAGCAAAGAACCCUCUUCCUCAAACAGGCUGGCUGCAACUCAGGUGAGUGGCUUCCGUCACUCCUGCGUCCUUGCAGAGUGCCAGGGUGCUCCCAACACCAGCCUGCGCCGUUUUACCACUUCAGCACACCAGGCGCCGUCCAAAUGCGUUAGGGACUCUGGAUUUGAGGAAGGUUUGCUCCUGAGCCUUUUCUUCUUCCCAAGAUCUCCCACAAGGUAGAGGAGAUUUAGGGUCAGAGUUUCCCUUCUCACAGAUGGGCAGGCCCCAUCUGCCCCUCACCUCCCUCUACAACAGGGGCAGAAACCCCCUUAUUUACCGUUGGGGCCCCUCUUGGUCUUGUCCACUCCAUCCUCUGCAGCCUGUCUUCACAUGCAAGGGAAUUCCCUGAGGGUUUGAGACCCACCAACACCCCUCGCCUGGUUUAGCCAGCCAGUUGAAGCUGCUCCCAGGGUGUGGCCGUUACUGCACGCUGACAGCUGAGUGCAGGGUGGGGACCAAAGGUGGACAAACUACCCCAGAAGGAGCAUGAAAUGUCCCCCACCAGAGGUCUCCCCCCCCCCCAUAACGCCCUGUACACCCCAGAGCAGUUUACAAUAGUAGUACAUAAAACCGUAUGUAAAAAAAAUGAGCCAGCUGUUGUGGAAAUGUGUAUUCCUAGUUGCCUGAAGUAAUAGACAAAUUCCCAGCCGGUGCUUAAAAAUGGAAAGAGAAGGCAUCUGCUCAGCUCAGGAGCAUGCAGGAAAAGCACUCUCUUCCUCCUAUACAUGGGAGCAGCAUCUGAGAGACUUUCUUCCGGUUGCAGCUCAGGUUUCAAGUUGUUAAGGACCACUGGAGAAAGGAGCCAGUCCCUCAGUAGCAGAGCAGCCGCUUUGCAGGCAGACUGUCCCUGGUUCUGCCCCGUUAUCUCCUGGUAGGAAGGAAAGACCCCUGGAGAGCGCAGACCACCUUUGGCUAAACAAAGGAUUAGUCUGAACUGGGAUGAGACAGUUUCUUGCGUUCCUCAGAGUAAGCAUAACAAUCCUUUUCCUGUGCUGCAGACCAGUAGCUCUAUUUAUUAUUUGCAUUUAGAGCCUUUAAUCUGGGCGGGGUUCCAGAAACAUAAUAAAAUAAAUACUGUUAAAAGCAGAAAAUAACACCUGGGGGGACGGGACGCAGCCACUCUUGAGCUUUCAAGCCACCUGGCUCAGGCUUCCUGCUGUCCUCGCCGCUUAUGUCCAAAUGUCUCUGCAUAUUUAUCCGAAUAUUUUAUUUGUACUGUGUAACACCCAGGUCUGUGGUUGCUUGCUUGAGAUCACCAGAACAGAAGAGCCUGCAGGGUCAGGCCAAAGGGGGCCCCCUCUAACUUGGGGCUGGGGAAACAUUUGUGGCCCUCCUGCUCCCAAGCAGCAUCAAACCCAACAGCCAGCAUGGCCCAGUCUUCCGUGGAGGAGGAGGAUGAUGAUGAUGAUGGGAGUAGCAUCUGGAGGGGCCACAGGUGCUCCCCCGUCCUCUGCUGCAGCCUUUCUCAACCUUGGGCCCCCAGCUGUGGUUGAGACUACAGCUCCCACCACCCCUAGCUAGCAGGACCAGUGGUCAAGGAUGAUGGGAGUUGUAGUCCAGCAACAUUCAGAAAGGCUGCUCUAGUGAGUUUCUCAGCAAGGUUUGCGAUUUUGCUCGGACACAUAAAUAAGCUCUGCUCUCUUAGCAUCUCUGAUUUCUUAAGCCCAGGUAAGGAGGAUCCACCUCAGCUGGCAAACAGAGACAGGCGCUGCCCCCCCCCCCAAAGAAGCCUUGCUUCCAUUCAUAAAGUGACUUGGGCAGGAUGCUUCAGAGCUCCUGCAUGGUGCGUCUGUCCUUCCCUCUCCCCUCCCCACCUCCGCCAGAAAGCAGAAGUGAAGAUCUCUGAGGCUUGGCUACCUCUUUGAGCUUCUUCCACUUGCGGUCUGUCGGCCAAAACAGGAAGGAGGUCGCUGCGGGGAGCCCCUUCGGGAUCAGCUGAUGGCAUGGCAUUGGUUGCUACUAACUCAUUCAGACUUUCGGAGGGGGAGAGGGGAAGGGAAGUCCUUCAGGCUCCAUUUGAGGAAAAGUGAAGAAGAGCCUGAUGGCUGAGGCCAGCGGCCCGUCUAGUCCAGCGCCCGACUGGGCGGCUCUUCUGGGAAGCCCACACGUUAGGGGGACGUGAGCGCAAGAGCCCUCUCCCCUCCUGUGGUUUCCUGCAACUGGUAGCAUUGCUGCCCCCAGCAGUGGCAUCAGAGCAUAGGCAUCAUGGGUGCCUUUGGGAGGGUGCGGCAGAUGGCACUAAGGGUCUUCAGAUGCUCUGAAAUGUCAUAAGGAAAUGCGAGGACUCCUCCCAGAGUGCCUGUGUGGCUGCAGGCUGUUUGGGAAGCGGAGAUUCUUGUGCAGUAGUUGGGAAGAAACACCCCCCCACACACACACACAUCUGCCUCCAGAAAUUCAUUUCUUGGAAGUUUCCGAGAAAGGGCUCUUGCUCCGAUGCUUUCAGAGUCAUGCCUGCCUUCUGGCGUGGGGAAGAGAGUUCUGCGUUGAGCCAGACUCACCUCAAGCCCGUGGCUUCCAUGGCUUCAGGGAUGACUUCUUCCAUGCCACUGGACUCGCCAGGGGAUGAAGCCCAAUGAAAUGGGGGCCGGGGGCCGGGAAGAGAGCUGCUGGCAGCCUUUUGGGGCACAGAUUCUGUCCUGACACUGCGGGUAGCAUUUUGGAGAGUGUUUCUUUUGCGUUCUCUUAAUCUAGCAACUUACUUUGGGUUUUGGUGGGGGUGGGGGGUUUUCUCUGAGAGGCUGUAAGAAUAGGUGGAUACCCUUUCUCAAAAAUAGCCACAUUUCGCUGCCACGGACAUGGUUUGGGGACUUUAUAUGGCCCAGCUUGGGUUUAUUUUUUAUUUUUUUUUAAUCAGCUUUGGAGAAUUUGCUCUGUAGUUGGGCUAAAUACCACACAGAUGAGGUCAUCACACUCUUGGGUUCCUUUCAGAAAACCAUAGGCGGCUUACAUGGGUAAUUGUAAAAGGGGCGGAGAGGAAAUUAGGAGAUCGGUCAGGGCAGAUUGAGCUUUUAAACCCAGGCUUCCCAGUUCAAAAUUCAUGGUGUUUCUCAAAAUGACCUCAAUGCAUCCUGUUGGAACAACGAGAAACCUGUCGGUUUGCAACAAAAUGGAGCCUGCGUAAAUCUAGGAAUGUGACCUAAAGUGCAGGGAGGGAGUUGGGGAUUGAGCUCUCAGCAGUCCUUGAAGCCAGUAGAGUCAAAGGUCUUGGAUGGUGGUGGUGAUGAUGAUGGCAUCUGGUAACAUCUGGAGGGCCACAGACCUUCCUCACCCCUGACCUAAAGCCUUCUUUAGUCAUCCAGCCAACAGACAUUCAGCUGUGAGGAAAGAUUGCAGCAUCCGGGUCUUUAUAGUAAAGAGGAAAGGCGAGUGAGAGGUGACUGUCCAGUUUAUAACAUUCUGUAUGGCUUGGAGAAAGCGCGUUCUUCUCCCUCCCUCAUAACGCUAGAAUUCGUGAAGUGAAGCUGAAUGUUGGAAGGUUCAGGACAGACAAAAGAAAAUGCAGGGUUAGACUGUGGAACUCCCUCCCACAGGAGACAGUGGUGGCAGGAGGCACCCGCUGCCUGUUGUCUCGCACCAGCCCUCUUACCAAAGCCCUCCCUUCCCUCCUGCAACCUUUCGGAGUUGAAUUGUUCUGGAAGCCACCUUUGGUCUUUCUUUGGGGUGGUUUUUGUUACUUCACCUUCUCUCCCCUCCGUUUCUCACUUUCUUCCUGGGUUCAGCCCAGGGGGUUGCAGCUGAUGGUGAGGAGGUCAUCAAGUCAACAGGUUUUCUGAGAGAGGAGGGUGAGGGAAGGCCCUAAGUUCCUCUUUUUAAAAAAAGAAAGAGCCUUGCUUAUUCUUCUGAUGUCACAAGGAUGUUGUGUUGGCUCUGUGACUCUAGGAUAAAUGAGUCAGCCCCAGUUUGGGGUUGGUUUCCACCCAGGCCUGUGAGCUAGAUGCUAAAUGUUGUGGGUGUUGCAGCCAGCUGCCUGCCACAACGCAGGAGUGUGUGUGUGUGUGUGUGUGUGUGUGUGUGUGUGCGCACUUGCAGGAGGGGAGUAGGUGAGAAAGCUGUUUGGUCCAGCCUCCGUGCCUCGUUUCUGGCAUCCAUCUGUCUCGAGAGACAACAGAGUGAACCUGGGGGUGAAGUCAAACUGUAACCUCCACGGGUUGCAAACCUGGGCAGGGCGCAUGGGCUGCCAGACGACAAGACUUCCCUCUCGGCCUCACUGAUGGGGUCCAAAGGAGGACUGGUGAGGAACUUUGUUUUACAAGCACAAUAAAUUUAUAUAGUACGGUUUUCUGGAUUUAAAUAAGACUGGGUGAUGUGCUGCCAGCACUUUGAGCUGUGUGUGUGUGUGAGAGAGAGAAAGAGCUUUGUUACUCUAUCCGAGUGUCAACAGCAGAGCCUAGCACCUGCUGAGUACGGAAAAUCUCUGGUUUAAUCCUGGCUGCCUUUAGUUAUUUGAGUAGAGAAGAGGAACAAUUCAGCUCUUUAUAAGCAUAGACCAUGGUUUGCAGACCGUGAGGACUAGAAUCGUACAUUAUUUUUGGGGCAAGGGCCGCAGCUCAGUGAUAGGGCGCAGGCUUUCCUCGCUGAAUGUCCCAGCUGCGAUCCAUUUAGGACUGGGAUUGUCAACAGUCCAAGAAACCCCAAGAGCUACUGCCCAUGAGUGUCGCCGAGGGGGGAGGGGGAGCUGCCCCCCAUCAAGGAAAUAAGUAAGAAUACUUAACUGACCAAUGCUACUGUCAGUCGUUUCUGAACUUUGCUGCGGACAUUUGCCUCAUCAUUUCACUUCACUGCAGGCCUUUGGAAACGCAAAGACGGCCCACAACAACAAUUCCAGCCGGUUUGGGAAAUUCAUCCAGGUCAACUAUUUGGAGAACGGCAUUGUCCGGGGGUGAGUGCGGCUUCCAGGCUCUUGGGGGGGCAGCGUUGUCCCCGCUGUUUCACAAAGCAGUUGUCCUCCACCAGCAGAAUAUGGCUGGAAGUGAGAAUCCCUCUCUUCCUUCCCUCCUUGUCAUUCAUAAGGAAAAUGGCCUGCCUCGCUCCACGGAUUCUAGCACCAUAGAACCUUGUUGCGGGGGGCAGCUGGUCUUUCUUUUCCUCCAUUCACUCUUUUUUCCUCUUGGUGGAUUCCAGGGCUGUGGUUGAAAAGUACCUGCUCGAAAAAUCUCGCUUGGUGUCCCGGGAAAAGAACGAAAGGUGAGGAGAAAGUCUGUGGUUUAACUUGAAAUACAUGGUGCAUCUUACACUUCGGAAAAGGGAAAGUCAUCGCUAAUAAAUUAUUAUUAUUAUUAUUAUUAUUAUUAUUAUUAUGCACCCAGUGUAGGAACCGAGGAGAGAUAAGGGUGGAUGAAUGAGGGAGGGCUCAAAUAAUUUAGAAGCCAGAAAUCUAUUAAGACAUGCAAAAUCCCUGGGACCUGGGAUUGAAUCUCAACAGCCAGACACUGCCUUUAAGCCUAAUGCACUGUGUAGCUUGUUGUGAAGAUAAAGUGGGCACACUCAGGGGUGUAAACAGGAACGGGCAGAUAACUUCCCAAAUCUGCAGAGGCCCAUACCUGUCCAGGGGGUCCGUUGACCAUCUUCUACAGACAAUCUGGAUCCACUUCAGGUGCGCAAGCUAUGAAAAGAGUGAGCCAAGCGGCUUCUGUUAACAGACGUGUGUGUGUGUGUGUGUGUGUGUGUGUGUGUGUGUGUGUUUGUUCUCCUUCCCGAAGGAACUACCAUGUGUUCUACUAUUUGCUGCUGGGCGUCAGCGAGGAGGAGCGUCAGGAAUUCCACCUCAAGCAACCCGAAGACUAUUUCUACCUCAACCAGGUACACAAAGGCCCUCCUUAUGUGAGCCUGGCUGGGACAGAUGGCAAAGGCGCUUUUGUGUCUGCCCCACGCUCCAGAGGUAGUGGUGGGGGGGGCCCCAAACAGGCCUCCUUUGUUCCCACUCAAGUGUUCAGCAGGGAUCGCCUUGCUCAGCCCCAGAAGGCCAGAGGUCACGUGUCUUGAGGAGGGCUUCCUAGCCGGGUCAGGCCUGAUGCAGCCAGCUGGACACCCCACUCUUGAGCACCACAUGCCUCCCUCUUCUUUUUUUAAUAAAAAAAGUUAUCCUUGUUUUAUUCAUGAUAUUUAAUACUAACACACACAUAUAAUAGAAUCGUAAAGUUGGGUGGGACCUCAUCUAGUCCAGUCCCCUGCAAUGCAGGAAUCUCAGCUGAAGCAUCCACAGCCUCUGCUUAAAAACCUCCAAGGAAGGAACGUGCACCAUCUUUUGAGGGAGACCACAAUUUUGUUUCUCUGCUUAGAUUUAGUCGUUCAUUUACUUUUUUCUUCUUGCAGCAUAACUUGAAAAUUGAAGAUGGGGAAGACCUCAAGCACGACUUUGAGCGGUUAAAGCAAGCCAUGGAGAUGGUCGGCUUCCUUCCGGCGACCAAAAAGCAGUAAGUACAUAAGAACAUGGGAAAAGCCCUGCAACAGAGGGGUCAGGCUCACAGGGUGUCCAGUUCUCACAGUGGAUAACAAGAUACCCCAAAGAGAAGCCUUCCAUGCUAAAAACAUUUUUGUUUAGACAAGUCUACCCAGAUAUUUAGAAAGUUGCAGCCAGUUUUAUUUUUUAUUAUGCCGCCCAUCUGACUUGAGUUGCCCCAGCCGCUCUGGGAAUCAGCACAUGCAAGCUGGUGUCUUCAACUCUGCUUUCUGUGUUUUUCUUUUUCCAGGAUUUUUUCAGUCCUGUCUGCUAUUCUGUACCUGGGGAACGUCACCUACAAGAAGCGGGCGGCAGGUCGGGACGAGGGCCUGGAGGUCGGACCCCCCGAAGUGCUGGACAUCCUCUCCCAGCUCCUGAAGGUUCCAGACCCCCCCUCAUUAAGAAAAUCUGCCAAUUGAUUGCCGGGGAGGGGGGCGGUAUGGAGGGGACAAUGACACCCAACAUUUUACUUAUUAUUCUUCCCAAACAUUUAGUUCUCUUGUUCUUCUUUUCUGGAGGGCCACGGAGGUUCUCCACCCCGGAGUUUAAAAGUGAUCCAGGAGUGGUGGAGGUUUAUCUUGGGGGGGGGAUAUAUGUGGCCUCCAGAUGCCGAACUCCCAUAUAUCUAAUGGAUGUAUUUCAUGGACUGAGGGGGACACUCUGGGCCAAGGGGUAGCAAAACCACUGCAGGCUGGCUCCGUCAGGUCAAGCAUUCCUGAUCUUGCUCCCGCCCUCCCCACUCUUCCAGGUGAAACGUGAAAUCUUGGUGGAAGUAUUAACGAAAAGAAAAACGGUGACGGUGAACGACAAGCUGAUCCUGCCCUACAGCCUCAGCGAGGUGAGAUGGCGUGUGCUAAGAGCUGGCCAACGAGUGUUACUGAUAGAGCACAGAGAAAGGCGACAUUUAUUUUUUUAGGAGUAGGUUGGAUCACAGGGUGAGCUGAGCUGAUGGGCUUCUUUAUUUCGAGGUUUUCAUAAGCUGCCUUAGGACAGUUCUCAUGAUUUGAAAGAAAACAACUAAAAAAAAAAAAAGGAGAGAAGUGUCAUAACAGCAGGAGUCACAGAGAUACAGCUACAGCAGAUGGGACGUGGGUGGCGCUGGGGUCUAAACCACGGAGCCUCUUGGGCUUGCCAGUCGGAAGGUCGGAGUUCAAAUCCCUGUGACGGGGUGAGCUCCUGUUGCUUUGUCCCAGCUCCUGCCAACCUAGCAGUUCGAAAGCACGCCAGUGCGAGUAAACAGGUACUGCUGCAGCAGGAAGGUAAAUGGCGUUUCCAUGCGCUAUGGCACUCGUCACGGUGUCCCGUUGCGCUUGAAGCAGUCUAGUCAUGCUGGCCACAUGACCUGGAAAAGCUGUCUGUGGUCAAAUGUCGGCUUCCUCAGCCUGAAAGCAGAGAUGAGCGCUGCACCCCAAAGUCAAAUUCGACUGGACUUAACCCUCCAGGGGUCCUCACAGAGCUGAGAAGGCCUGGGUUCAGUCUGAGGAACGAUGCCCUGCUUGAAGCCAUAGUGGCUGCCAGUUAGUGUAGACAACACUGAUCUUGGUGGACUCGUAUGCUGUGGGUAUUUUUAUACUGUGUACUGCCCUGAGAUCUAUUGAUGUGCAAGUAAAGAACACUAAGAGCAGCGCGGGUCCUGCUUGGAAGCUUCCCUUCCGAGCGUCUGGUUAAGUCAGUGUGGGAACAGGACCAAGAGGGCCCCCUUGAGCCUGAUCUUCCGAGAUUUCCUCAACGUUCCUUCGUCUGUGCCUCUUUCUCCAACCUGCAGGCCGUCACAGCUCGUGACUCCAUGGCCAAGUCUCUCUACAGCGCCCUUUUCGACUGGAUCGUUCUGCGAAUUAACCACGCACUCCUCAACAAGAAGGACAUGGAGGAAUCUGUGGUGGUAUGUCUUCAGGGAACAAUGGCAGCCUCUGGGGCUGGGCGAUACUUGCUUUUCAACGUUGCCAGCUAAACAUCGUGAUAUGCUGAUAUAUCACGAUGUCUGGAAUGUAGAGGCAUUGGCGGGCUUUGCGGUUUCCCCCACAUUGUGAUUUCUGCAUAGCGCACACACAGACACAUGCAUCAUGAUUUGCAGCAGUUAUGAAACCGAUAUCACGAUACAGACUUCAGAUCGGUUUGGGACGAUAUAUCAAUAUAUUUCCCAGCCCUAGCAGACUCUCUGCCCCAAUUACACACCCAACGAGCAUGGCCUUUUUUGCCGCUUGCAGUCGGCAAAGAUCACGGGCCCCACUCUCCUUCUGACGCCACCCUCUUUUGCUUCGCUCCUUCCUUCCUCCCUCCCUCCCCUCCCUCCUUCUCACUGUACAGUGCUUUUCCAUCGGGGUGCUUGACAUCUUUGGCUUUGAGGACUUCAACACCAACAGCUUCGAGCAGUUCUGCAUAAACUACGCCAACGAGCAGCUGCAGUAUUAUUUCAACCAGCACAUCUUCAAGCUCGAACAGGUAAGGAAUCGCUUGGGGGGUGGGGGCGAGCUUCAAUAUUCCAGGGCUGAAAUGUUGGCGCUCCCAGCCCCUCUUUCUGGCCCACAAACCUCUCUCACCAGGCCUUGCUUCUUUCAGGGUUUUCACCCUGCUGGGAAUGAAAAUGCCUCUUUUCUUGCUUGGAUGGGAGGAUAAUUGCUUGGAUCUUACUGAUAAUUUAAUUGUUUUACCUUGCUUGAAAACCCGCUUUCAGGGGUUUCCCCUCAGUCAAGCAGUAAAUGAAUUUCAUGAAAUGAAAACCAUCCUCCUUCAAAGCAUCCACCUCUUUGCACAAGUUAAAACCACCGCAUGACCAUUUGUCCUGCCCUCUGCCAGUCAAUUCCAUUGGACGCCGCCCCUCCCCAGGUCCUAUCUCAUGAGGCCAGGGGACAUCGGCUUUUCAAGGGUCUGUUUCAUUUGUCCACAGGAAGAGUAUCAGAGCGAAGGGAUCGCAUGGCACAACAUUGACUAUACCGACAACGUGGCCUGCAUCCACCUCAUCAGCAAGAAGCCCACCGGCCUCUUCUACCUGCUGGACGAGGAAAGCAAGUAAGUUCAGCUGGCGCAGAGCUUGGCCUUCGACUGAGCUUUGCUCAGAGCAAACCCCGGGAAAGAGUGACAUUUUCAUGGAGGGUCCCUUCUGGCAGUUCCUGAGGCCAAGCUGGUGCCAAACAUCUUGCUCUGCUUUCGUGUGUGUGUGUGUGUGUGAUCUGACAGGCCAGGACCUCCAUGCACACUGCCCAUGCCUGCGCCCCGUGGAGGUCACUUUGGUCAGUUUUAUUUCAUGCCUGGAACCACACUCCAUUGCCUCUCAAGACAGACGCCAUCGACAACAAUAUGAGAAGUGUUUGUCUUUUCGUUUCAGCUUCCCGCACGCCACCAGCCAGACCCUCCUUGCCAAGUUCAAGCAGCAGCAUGAGGACAACAAGUUCUUCAUUGGGACGCCCGUCCUGGAGCCGGCCUUCAUCAUCCAGCACUUUGCAGGCAAAGUGAAGUACCAGAUAAAGGUAGGAGGGGGGGCAGAAGCACUAGGUCUGGGGUUGCCUGCCUUGCUCUGCCUUUCGCCUUCACUGGCCCUCCCUUCCCUGCAGGAUUUCCGGGAGAAGAACAUGGAUUACAUGCGGCCCGACAUCGUCGCCUUGCUGCGGAGCAGCGACAGCGCUUACGUCCGGGAGCUCAUUGGGAUGGACCCCGUGGCCGUCUUCCGGUGGGCCACGCUCCGAGCCGCCAUCCGAGCCAUGGCCGUUUUUGCGGAGGGCGGCCGCCAGAGAGCCCAGAAAAUGGCAGGUGUGUGUGACAUUUCACAAUAUUCAUUUAAAAUAAAGGUAAAGGGACCUCUGACCAUUAGGUCCAGUCGUGGCCGACUAUGGGGUUGUGGCGCUCAUCUCGCUUUACUGGCCGAGGGAGCCGGCGUACAGCUUCUGGGUCAUGUAGCCAGCAGGACUAAGCUGCUUCUGGCGAACCAGUGCAGCGCACAGAAACACCGUUUACCUUCCCGCCGGAGCGGUACCUAUUUAUCUACUUGCACUUUGACGUGCUUUCGAACCGCUAGGCUGGCAGGAGCAAGGACAGAGCAACGGGAGCUCACCCCGUCACUGCGGGGAUUCAAACCGCUGACCUUCUGAUCGGCAAGUCCUAGGCUCUGUGGUUUAACCCACAGCGCCACCCACGUCCCUUCGCCACUUAAAUUGAUUUAAGGUUGUUCAUUUAAACAACCUUAAGUCAAUUACUUCCCUUCUUUUCUUUCCGUGGUUCAUUUUGCAUGCCAUACAUCCCUGCAUGUUUUGUGACUGGAGGCAAUGAACACUUUGUCUAUGGCCUCCGGACACAAUUCCCCCUCACAGCGGCCCUGCAAGGCAGGUUAGGCCAGGAGAGGACAGUGAGCUACCCAAGGUCACCCAACGAGCUUUGAACCCAAGCCUCUCUUGAACCCAAGCACUCUACACACUUUGCCGCUUGGAGGACUUUUUUCCUGCUGGGUCAGAAGUGUGACACCUUCAAAAGACGCCUGUUUUUCUCUGUGGCAUUGAGCUGCCAAGACUCCUCCAUUGCAUUUUGCUGCAACAGAGCUAAAAGCCGGGUUUCUCCUCUGGAAAAGGGAUGGAUUGCAGCUUUAAUGGCUGGCAAUUAUUUGCCGCAUAAUGGCGCUAGCUUUGACCCCAGGAAGGCGCAGCUUGUGCCAAGGCUGAUAUCAUUUAUCGAGCCGUCUAAAACCUUCCUUUAUUCUUUCAGGCCCUUGAAUUAAUUAUUGCAGCCUGCUCCUUUUAUCUGCAGUUUCCUGAUCGCUUCUCGUCUGCUAUUGCAUUGUGAAGGGCCGUGGCUCCUGCUUUGCCUGCGCGAGAUCCCAGGUUCCUUCCCUGGCGUCAUCUCAGGGGCAGACUUUGGUAAUAUGGCGCCUUGAGCAAGGAUAAGAUUAGGUGCUCCGCCCCUAAAUAUUUAUUAUUUUCAUGCCCUCCUCCCUCUCACUUUCCAUUCUACACCUCCUUGGCUCAGCGCUCCCUUCACCUUAAAUUUGGCAUUCCUGUUUUUAAAGUUGGUUUUGUAUUUUUUAAUUCCUUUAUUGUGGUAACGGGGCGGCAGGCUUUUUUGCUGUCAUCCCCUACGGCUUUUGAAGACGUAUCUGUUUGCUCAGGCGUUCCUCAGCCUCUCGACCUGAGUCUCCUGUUUUAAUUACUAUGUUGUUUCAGUGGGUUUGUUUUGCCAUUCAUUUUAAUUACGUGUGUGUAUAUUUUAAUGUUUGUUUUAGAGCGUUUGCACUCCACGCUUCAGGCAAGAGGGCUCCCCGGGCGGCUUACCUACAGUCCAUUAAGACAAGGUUGCCCCUGUAGGCUUACAGUCUAAAACAACACAACACACAAGGGGAGAAAGGGAAAUCAGAUGCUAAUGUUUUCCUAACUGGUUUUUAUACUGCUGUGAAGCUUAUUUUGGCAUUAAGUGUUCUGUAAACUAAUAACAGAUUACGCGAUAAUAAACCGCACAGGAGUCACUUUGGAGGAGCAGGCCAGGAAAGACCUGACAUAAAAACAAAAAGGCCUGCAAGGGGAGGGCAGGCUCCCCCUUCGAGUGGCUCUUGCCUUUGUCGGGAAGCCUUUCCGAGCGACUGAAACCAAGAAAAACCUCAAAAAGUGCGGAGGAAAGACCGCUUGUUGCCACUGGGAAUCUGUUUAGUGCCAACGGAGUCUCUCUCUCUCUCUUCUUCCCUGCCAGGCGUGGUCCGCCACGGACCCAGAGUACCCCUGGGCGAACUGCAGCAAGUCAACACCCCAAUCGAGAGAGUUUAUCGGUAGGCUUUGAUUACUACUCUUACUUUCUUUAUUUCUUUUAGACCAGAAAGGGGAGGCCUUGGAUUGUCUCACUCCCUGCCCUUCUUCUUGUCCCACCCCAGUAGUCCUGUUGCCUUCACAAAUAUCCCUUUGGGUGCCUUUUCGAGACUUGUAACACACAAGCUUGAAACAAGUUGGGGGGGGGGAAUCCCUCGAAUGGUGGGUGUGGGGCCAACUUGAAGAAACUCUAGCGGAACGGAGAAGCUGGGGUAAAGUGGGGAGAGAGGUGCCCUGGUUUUGUGGGAGGGGCUGAGGACUCUGGGUCCGUGCAUUGGGGAAGCCAGGUUCUCCCCUUCACUGCUGUGUCUGGAUUGGGGCCCUGCCUCCCCCCCACCGGCUUCUUCGGGCUUUCCCUUUAUAGCAUCUUCGCUUCCGCAAAGCCCCUCUCUCCGCAGUCCGAAGGGAUGCGCAGGCCCUCUGCUUCCGGGGUGAGGAACCCUUUUCAGUGGGACACCUCUGAGUGGCGGGGGGGAGGGCAGAAGCACAAGUAGGCAGAGCACGCAGGGCCUGUGAGGUGUGUGGCCACUUCCAGGGGCCACACAGAGACACUUGGGGGAAGUGCAUUUGUUCUCUGGGCCUGAGGUUCCUCACCCUUCCUCCUCCUUGUCGCCAUCAGUGACCUGUACUCUGCAUCCGCCUGGAUAUACACACGCUCUCUUUCUCUCUCUCUCUCUUUUUCUCUCUCUCUCUGCCUUCCUGUCUCCCCAGCCAGUGCUCGGAUUAUGGUGGAAGAGGUAGGCACCCCAUGAAAUCCCCCCACCCCUUUAACCAUCUGAAAUCUGUAGCUAAGGAGGUCAUGGGGGGGGAAGGAAGGUUAAAGUGGGCUGGUCCCUUCGGCACCUUUCUCUGAUCCAGCCUCUCACAAGAGCACCCACCCCACCACCCUUCUUUGUAAUGGGUGUCGUGACUCCACGCUUGGCUUGGUGGGCCCCCCUACUUGAAGUUGCUGGUUCUGUUUUGCCUAGAGCUGUGUCCCUGGGCCGUUUCAGGGCCCCCGAGAGCCACCAGGGAGGCCAUGGAGUCCGGGGCAGCAGCAGGGGAGUUUGGUUUACCAGGAUCCUUCUCCCUUCGCCUGGCCCCAUGAAAGAACAGUUAAUGAUGAAGUGGCCAAGUGGGGGAUGACUCUGCUGAGUGUCACACUGAUCCAUCAACUGAACUUAAAAGUUAGUUCUGAAAGAGAAAUGUGUCCUUUCCUUUUUAGGUCGGGCGGUGGCAGCCCUACAGGUGUCACUGGCCUCCCCAACUCCCAUCACCAUUCCAGUCUCCCAGUAGUGUUGGGGAGGGAUGCAAUUUUCCCCCAUCCCUGAUCCAGGCAUUGUCCCAAUUUUAUCUGGAGAGAUAGGGGAACUUCCUGAGUGAGUCGUGCAAACUGCAAUUCUGAAUAAAGCUUUUUGUAGGCUAGGGGGCCCUGGGGGCGAGCUCAUGGAACUGGUAGGGCAGCGGCCCCCCAAAGUAUGGGAACUACUGGCUUAGCUUAAUAACCAGGGCACCACCUUUCUCCUGCAGCUGCGUAUCUGCAGCCUCUUCCUGGUUUCCAGAUUUCUUGUGUCUUUCCUUUCAGCAUGUUGUGUCCCUCCUAGGGGAUUGAGUAUGUGUCUGCCCUCUGCCACCCAAAAGCAUCAGUUGCUUGCACCCGCUUUUUCUCUCUGGGCAUCUGAGCCGGCAAUUGAUGUGGAGGAUGAAGACUUUGGGGAGUGGGGGGAGGGAUAUGAUGAUCUCCUUCCUGCCGCUGCUGCCGCCGUUCUCUCUGCUCGCCUCUGUAUUACUCUGUUUAUUUAGCCUCUCUCUGCAUGUGUCCCCCCCCCUUUUUGCAGCUGCUCAGUGCUUGAUUUCUCCUUUGAUUGCUCUGAGGAGUUUGAUAUAAACGCUUUUGAGGACAUCUUUGCUUCGUACGGAAGCAAGAAGUAAGUGGGGGAGAGGCGGAGGAGCGGGCUCGACAGCCAGGGGGAACGCUAUCCUGGGCAGACGGACCUUCCGUGCCUGCCAGGCGCAGGGAACCAAGCACACAGGGCGGGCAGAGCAGGAGAGGGGGCUGGCACCCACCCUGAGCCGCAGCUCUAACCUCGGCCUUGCCAUAGCGUAAAGGUCCGAAUCGGGCUAAUUUCUGUCCACUCAGAAUGUCCUGGCUGCAGCAGCCGCCGUGGCCCCCUGUUCUCAGCUUACUCAGUGGUGCAAAAAUUGCAGCAGUUUACACCCUAAAGCUACUAAACGUUUUGAGAAAUUGAGGGCUGGGGGACAUGCCAUAUGCAAAUAAUCCAAAUCCGAAGGCCGUCAGCACAGCCCGGAAGCAUUGCGAAGUGUUCGUCUGCCCAGGAGAGGCUUUUCACACAUUUCUGUUGUCCUCUUUCUGGUUUGUGCCUCUCUCUGGAGGGUGGCAAAGGUAAGGGUUUUGUGCGUGAGUGUGUGUGUGUGUGUGUGUGUGUGGAGGCACUUUCUUCACAAGCAUGGUGCAUGAGUGGAGGGCUGGAGGAGAUCUUCCUUGGCUGACCUGGGGAGCUAAACGUGGAACAAGAAGCAUUUGUGCAGAGCCAGGGCUAUGGGCCGGAUCCAGAGACCUUUAGAGUCGGAAGGGACCCCCAAGGGCCAUCUAGUGCAGCCCCCUGCAGUGCAGGAAUAUGCAGCUGGCCCCUACAAGGAUUAUUGAACCAGUGACCUUGGCAUUAUCAGCGCCAGGCUCUAACCAACUGAGAUAUAUGCAAUCUAUAAAUCCUGAGAUAAUUCAGCUCUGCAAACGGUGUUGGAAGGAAUCUGAACAGGCAUUUUAUGUAAAAACUUGGGGGGAGGAGCAAUGUUGUCAAAUUAAUGCUUGAUAAUUCAUGCAUAUUAAGGACACUAAAUUGUGAUUGUAGUCAAGCAGCAGCAGCAGCAGCCCCAUUUACACACCCCAAACCUCUACGUUUAACAGCAGGUCAACUCCAGGACCAUCUCCUCUCUUGUCACCCAUCCUUUGAGCAUGCCGGGCAAUGAUGGGUCUCCUCUGUUUAAUCCCUGGUGGUUCUGUCUCUUCACGGCUGUCUCUCUCUGUGUGUGUGUUGUGUUUCCUCGUGUCGGGUGUGUGUCGUGUCUUAGGGACUUGCAUGAGCAAAUAGUCAGGACUAUCAAGGCCCUGCCCUGGCAGGGCGAAGAUCCCCGCAAGCUCCUUCAAUCGCUCAGCCGGCUCCAGAGGCCCACUUGCCACUUCCUGUGAGUUUGCGGUGGAGUGGUGGGGGGGCGGAGAGAAAACCAAGACUUGCGUGCUUUGCAAAAUUUGCACAGAGGAGGAGAGUGGCAAGUGUGGAGCUAAGCAGGCGCUUGCAGAUCUGAAGAGCUUACCUUGUGUGUGCUAGUUAGCAGCUGCAGGGACCACCCUUUGGGUUUCUUACUGACUUGCUCGCAACAAAAGCUCAAGCAUAAAAGAAAAAGGGCGUGAAAUCCUGACUUUUCAAAGGCUCGGGGCUUACAAUCAAAGCAAGGAAGCGCCUUGCCGGAUUGCAGGAGUUGGCAAGGCGGGAUUAGUGUCAUGGGACACGCUUUCCAUGCCACCCUUUGGAGCAGGACCCUCCCCACCCCCCCACUUAGAGUCAUCAGCUUAUUAUCUGGCUCCUGAGCCUGCUUUGCUUCAUCUAAUUUGCUAGGCAUGGCUUCGCUGAACUAACGAAACCAGGGCUGCUGCUUAGCACUCAUCGCGCCAGUAACUUUUGAAAAUACAGAUAUAUCUGUGUCUAUUUCAACAGGAAGAGCAGAGGCCCGAAGCAGAAACAGGCCAUCCCAAAGGUGAGCUGGGUGGAGAACGUCCAGAGAUUUGCUGGGCUGCGUUUUCCUUUAGAAGAGAAACCGUUUCAGGGGUGGUUGGGGGGCAUAAUGAUGAAAGACAGCAUAGAAUAAAUAAAUUGUGUCAGUUUCACGUUGUCGUGCCCUGCAAAACGUGUGUGAAUUUGACGCAGUACCAGAGUCACCUUGCUAUGCAGAGAGAGAGAGCUUGAGACUCUCCGUUUCAGGGUUGUGGGUUCGAGCUCCACGUGGGGCAGAAGAUUCCUACAUUGCAGGGGGGUGGACAAGAUGAUCCUGGUGGCCCUUCCAAGCCUAUGGUUCUGUGAUAUGUAUGCAAGUUACAGCUCACCCUCCCUGCCCAAUAACACCAUUUAAAAACAAAUGAGCAGCAAUAUUCCGAAGCAGAUGAGAGAGCUGGUGUGGCGUGGCCAUUAAGAGUGGAUUUAAGAACCCGGUUCUCCCAGGUCCUAGUCUGACACUCCAUCUGGUAUGUGGCACUAACUCUCCAAGGGCUUCUGAGCAGAGAUCAGCACUUGAGGCCUCUCAGUCUUAGCUUGGAACAAAACGCCAAGUUUCCAGUCCUCAUGAGGAGGCGGGGAAUCAGGGACACUGAGGCCCAUUGCCAGAGCACAGCGGUGCUUGGCUGUUGUCCAACACACACACACACACACACAACUGCACAAUGUCAGCGGAAGUGCAAACUGAACCCCUCGCGCUCAGUGCAGAGGGCUUGGGGCUCGCUCCGUGGAGGGUGUGGCUCUCUAGCUGUGUCCCCUUUGGCUGCAGAACCUGCUGGACUCCAAGUCCCUGAAGCUCAUUGUAAGCAUGACGUUGCACGACCGCACCACCAAGUCCCUCCUGCACCUGCACAAGAAGAAGAAGCCGCCCAGCAUCAGCGCUCAGUUCCAGGUGAGCAGGCGCCCCUCGCCUCCGGGGGAACCACCGCAGGGACCUUCCACUAACUGAGACACAAAGAUCCGUGAGAUUCCGGCCAGCCACUGUGAUUUAUUCCAGGGUUUCUCAAACUGUUGUUCUACAACUCCCAUCAUCCCCUCAUUUCACUUUUAAUUUGUAUACCGCCUUUCUGCAUUACUCAACGCAAGGCGGUUUGCGGCAACAAAAAUAUGCAACAAAGAACACACAUCUUAUAAUAAUCUGAUCCAAUGCAAAAAGUCAUGAUAAAACAUAACUUUAAAGUAAUACUCAAUAAUCUAUAAUAGCACAUAAUAGAAUUAACUCUCAAAGCGUCAGCAAAGAGUAAUUGCAGAGAAAUUCAUUCUUAACAAUUAUAAUAAAUAACUACCAAACUGUGAUCAAUAAGAAUCACUGCGUAAAAUACCACAAUACAUACAAAACCAUGUAAAAGGAUCAAAUUGAGAAACAGAGACACACAACUUCCCCACCACUUAAACUCCAUCCCUGACCACUGGUCCUGCUAGCUAGGGAUGAUGGGAGUUGUAGUCCAACAGCAGCUGGCGAGACCCAAAUUGGAGAAACCUUGAUUUAUUUCCUUAUUUAUUAGUUAUUUGGUUGUAUGCCACCUUUUUCGACAAGGAGCUUGAAGGGAUGUACACGAUUCCCCCGCCCUGCUUGUUUAAUCUUCACGACAACCCUGCGCGGUGGGUUAGGCUUGAGAGGCAAGGCCUUGAGGACACGCCCAGUGAGCGCUUCGUGGCCCAGUGGGGGGAUUCGAACCCUUGUCUCUCCCAGGCUCUGGUCCAACAUUCUAACCACUCGUAUGCAUGCAGCCCACCCAAAGCAGUUAGGUUGUCCCCACCCCCGCUGCCAGACCAGCUUUCUCAAGGGGCAGCGCUUGACUCUUCUCUCGCACCUGUGACUCAUUGCAGACCUCUCUCAACAAGCUCCUGGAGACCCUGGGGAAAGCCGAGCCCUUCUUCAUCCGCUGCAUCCGCUCCAACUCGGAAAAGGUAGGGCCUUCCCCCAGGAGGCUGUUGCAUUAUGCUGGCACAGGAGCAGCCGACGGAGAUGUCGCUGGGCUCCCAGCAGGGGCGGGGGUGACAAGGAUGGGAGUCUGGAGCCCAGCAGCGUCUGAAAGGCCACAGAUCAGGAGUGAGGGCCAUCUGUGCCCCGGUGCUUUUGGGCUUCAGUUUCCAGCAGCCAAGGCGACCCGACAGUCAUGGAUGAUGGGAGCUGUAGUCCCACCUGAUUCUUGGGGCACCACAUGGGCUAAUCUUGAAUUAGCACGAUGGGCUGAUUAGUUGCAGCCCUGACAGGUCGAAUCCUGCUCCUUCCAUUUGCCAGGUACGGACUUGAGCUCUGCCAGUGUGAACCAGAGAGUGCUGGUUCUAGUGGUGGUGACCUCAGCAAACCACAUCCCUUGGGGUGGACGGGGCUUCUCGUCGGUGAGGGGAGGUCAGCGCAGGCCGAUCUCUGCUUGACCCUCUCCUGCUUUCUGUUCCAGAGGGAGCUCCUUUUCGACGAGCGCCUCGUGCUCCAGCAGCUCAGGUACACAGGGAUGCUGGAAACCGUGAGAAUCCGCCAGUCCGGCUACAGUGCCAAGUUCACCUUCCAGGUACCACUGAGCAGUGGAGCAGGCAGCUCUCUCCCUUGCCCUCAUGCCAGGGAAGAAGACCCCCUUGCUUCAGCAUCCACCAGAGAUCCUGGCCGGGUUUAUUCCUGGCUUGGUCUGGGGCAAACCUGUGCCCUCCUCUGCGCUUCAUUGGGGCAUUGAAAGAUUUCACUUUUUGAAAUAUGGCCACCCUACUUUAAUUAGUUUAUGAAGCUCUACUUUUAUACGCUCUGGCCGGCAGCAUCUUUCCAGGGUCUUGGGCACAGAGACAAUUACACCUGCCACCUUCUCCUUUUCAGAAACCGGAGAUGUUUGCUAAGUUGUUUGCUUCUUGUCGCUGCCUCCCCAGGAUUUUGUCGACCAGUUCCAAGUCCUGCUGCCCAAGAGUGCCAAAGCCUGUAAGGAGGAGAUCGCGGCCUUGUUGACGAAGCUGCAGCUGGGCGCCGGCAGCUACCAGAUCGGGAAGACCAAGGUCUGUCCUUGUGGGGCUUGUUGUUGCUUCUGAGCCGACCCAAUCUCCCUCCAGGAGCCGCAAAGUCUUCUUAAGAAUCCUUGUGUGUGGAGAUCCAGCCGCCAGGGGGGUUUUGAGCGCAAAAACCCCUCUUCCUGGGGGUACAUUGAUUUAUUUUUAAAACUUGUAUGAAUCACACACAUGCACCUAUAUUCAUUCAUUCUUUUAAUUUUUUUAUUCGUUUUCAUUUUUAGCAAUGGUCAUCAUACUUGGAUCAUAAUCAUUUUACAAAUAGGAUUCUCAGAAUCCCAAACUUCCCUCCACCCCUCCAUGGUUUCGCUAAAUAUUCUUUUCAAACUGCAUCGUAUCUUAUUCUCCAAAUUUUCUUAAAACUCAAUGGUAACCAUGAUUCUCACUUCAUGGCAAGUGUUUUUUUUUACAAUCCUGCCAAUGUUUUUAAUUGCUUACAGUAUUCUUUCAAGCAGCUUGUAAAAUUAAUCAGCUUUUAGUCUGUUGUUAACUUUUCAAAAGUCCUUUAGCUGUUGUUUAUUGCUUUACCUUUUUUUGUAAACUGCUUUGAGGUUUUGUUUUGUUUUUACAGUCGAGCUGAGUAUAUACUGUAUUUUUCGCUCCAUAGGGCGCACCAGACCAUAGGGUGCACCUAGGUUUUUUUUGGGGGGGGGGGGAAUAAAGAAAAAAAAAUUAAUUCCCGCCCCCCCCCCAGCCCCAAAGAGCAAAGAAGCCAAGACAGCGAGUGGGAUCCAUCCCACUGGCUGUCUUGGCUUCCUCUUUAGCCGCACGCAACCUCUCCAGCUGGGAGAGGCUGCGCGCGGCUUUGGCAGAAGCCAAGACACCGAGCAGGAUGGAUCCCGCUUGCUGUCUUGGCUUCGUUUUUAGCCGCGGGGCAGGGGCGGGGAAAGCCCAAGCUUCCCCCGACCCCAGCCCCCAAAACAGGUCCAGGAGCGGCGGCAAGAUUGCGCGCAACCUCGCCGCCGUUCCUGGAGCUUGCGGAUAGCUGCCUGAAGCCUGGAGAGCGAGAGGGGCCUGCAUUCGCUCCAUAGGACGCACACACAUUUCUCCUUCGUUUUUGGAGGGGGGAAAGUGCGUUCUAUAGAGCAAAAAAUACGGUAAGUUUUACAAGAUAAAUUAACGGGCAUUGCGUGGAAAGCGUGGCUUCAGAGCCACCGCGGUCGCUCCCGAGCUGCGCAAGAGGCCAGUCUUGGUCCCUUUCCCCAAGUGACCCGGCUGGCGCCUCCCUCCCUCCCUCCCUCCCUCCCUCUGCAGGUGUUCAUGAAGGAGGCCGUGCGGCAGGCGCUGCAGGACACGCUCCACAAGGAAGUCAUCCGCAAGAUCAUCGUCCUCCAGAGCUGGCUGCGGAUGGUGCUGGAGAGGAGGCGCUUCUUGCGGGCUCAGCAGGCGGCCGUCACCUUGCAGGUAGGAGGGGCCUCCUUCCUCUCCCCGCCUCACAGAAACACAAGAAGCUCCCUUGCCCAGAGUCCGGCCCGUCCUGCUAGGGGUUUCCUGCACCGACAGGCAGCAGAUUAAUUUGCAGAUGGGAGAGACUCAGUCCACACCACGUGAAAUGGACCAGAAGCCAGGUGGUCCAUCUGCCCCUACCUGCUAAUAAUAAUAAUAUUUUCAAUAAUUUUAUUAUUUGCACCCUACCCGUCUGGCUGGGUUUCCCCAGCCAUUUCAUUUCAUUACUAUACUUGCUGAUGUUUAAUUUUAAUGUUUACUCUUGGAUUCUAAUGCCUUAUUGCAUACUGCUUUAUUUGGUAUAAGUUUUUUUAAAAUUUAUUGUGACUUUUUAUAUAGGAUCUGAAUAUUAUUUUAAACAACGUAUAUUAAAUAAAGUAAUAUUCAGUAGUCCAUUAGAAUACAAUAGUAUACAGUAAAAUUAAAUAUCAGCAAAUAAUAGAUUCACUCUUAACAAUUACAGUAAAUACUUUCUAAACUCUAGCCAGUAAAAACAGCAGCAAGUUGCAGUGCAUAAAACAACACAAUACAAUGUGAGAAGCAAAGACACACAGCUUCUCACCUGUCCUUCCUGGGCCCCCCAGGCUUGCUGGCGUUCCUACCGCAUCCGGAGGGCGCUGGAGAGGGAGAACGCGGCCCUCUUCAUCCAGUCGGCGUGGCGCGGGUACCGGGAGCGGAAGUCUUACGGACGGGAGAAGGCGAGGAUUUGCCUUGUUCAGGCUCUGGUCCGAGGACACCUGCAGCGCAAGAGGUGAGGGGGGCAAGGUGCGCUCUGCGCAUUUUGAGCCCCAGGAGGGAAAACGGGGGUGCAGGAGGAGAACCCUGCUGGAACAGACCAAAAGUCCUCCAGGGCUGGCGGUGUUCAGCAUUUGCGUUUGGUGUCUCCCUUCAUUUACUCUUACCGUCUCCCAUUAAACCAACUGUUGAUCCCCCCCCCCCCACCGCACCUUGCAAUCUAGAUUUCAUCAAAUGAUCGCCGACAAAAAGCGAGAGGAAGAAGCGGUCGCGCAGGCUCUUGGGGAGCAGCAGCGGCAGCAGCAGCAGGUGAACGGGCUACACCAGCCAGAGGAGCACGUCUCAAGCCAGGCUCUGGCAGAGCCCACGGAGGCGUCCCUGGAUCAGACAGGCAAGGCAGAGGACGAGGAAGGAGCCGGGAGCAGCGGCGACAGCAGGGACCAGUCCCCUCCGCUCUCCCAAAAAGGUCUGGCCAGCAGCCGGGAGAAGCGGGCGUUCCGCCGGCAGAGGGGCCUGGAGCACAACGAGCUGCAGAGCAAGCAUGUUGGCUUCUCCGUGGAUGACCCCCGCGGCAGUGGGGAAGGCGGCCCGUCCAGGGGGGGAGGGGGCCACGCGCCUGAGCGGCCCAGAGCAGAAGGGGAGCAGGAGGCGGGGGUCUCCCCUCAAGCCCAUCCCGGCGGCGUGCCGGGAGAGAGAGCUCCAGGCGGCAAGGAGGACCGGCUUCCUGUGGACGGUGGCAUUCCGGCCCCUGCACUGAAGCAAGAGGACAGAGCUGGGGCCAAAGAGGACUCCAAUGGGCUGGGGAGGCUGGACAGCCCCAAAAUCCGCGUCAGCCAGAGCUUCACGUACCCCGAGAGGCCCACGGAUCUGGCCCUCGUCCACCCUGGCGGCCUGGCCAGCAGCUGGAGCUUCCGGAGCCCGGCGGACAAAGGCCGGCGGGCGUCUCAGAAGGAGCUGGACAGCCCCCCUUCCUUCCACAUCCAGCGGUACCAGGAUGACCCCGGGAAGCUGCGGGACAAGCGGGAGAGGUGGAAGGGGAAGAGGCGGCUGGCCGGAGGCAGGCAGAGCGACGGGCUGAGCCAGUCCUUGGACGAGAGGGGGCAGCCGGCCCGGUCUCCCUCCCCACAGCUCAGGUGAGCCCUGCUGCACCCGGCUUCCAGGCGUGGAAGGAGCACUGAAUCCCCCAGGACUCUUUAGGGGAAGCCAGGAAGCAGCAUCACAGCGCUUUAAGCGCAUGCUAUAACUAUGGCCAUAGUAUCCGGCCAGGAGAGCUUUUGUAGAGUCACAUAAGCCAAAGGAGAGCAGCUCUCCUGGCUGGAUGAGAUACUGAGAAGGAUCAGAGAAAGGGCUAUAAUGCAGGAUUGUGUGCCUGUCCCUAUACUUGCUUGAUUUCUUUCCUGCCUGUCAAUUUUCUGGCUGCGGCCUCCGUAUUUGGAGGGGUGUUGAAAGGACCAGAGGGAAGCCGCUUUCCCCCCAACCCCUAAAUAUGCAGCAACCCAGUUCUGUCCUAUUUUAUAGGCAGACAAUGCGAUAUCAAAGCCAAACAACAGUGGCCAAAGAGGGCUAGCUUUGUGCUGACGGUUUGUCCGCGCAGAUUGAAAUCGUGCCUGUUCUUGGCCUCCCAGGGGCCCCCUUUCCAAAGCCGAUAAACACCUGGAGCCCUCCAGCAGCAGGCUUCCCAAAGGGACUCCCCGAUCCCUGGAAUGGGUGGCUCCAUUUUGAAACGCCUCUUUCUCCCUCUUUGCAGGAAAAAGGAGAUGGCGUCUUCCUUGGACGACAUUCCCAGGCUCGCUGUCCCCACCCAGGUAAGGGCAGCGCUCAGGCAGAUUGGACAAGGUUUGUUUGGGGGGGGGUGCAGUUACAGAAUUCUGCCCCCCACCACAGUUUGAGCAAAGAGUGGCAGAGGGUCCUACGUGUUGCAUCUGGCCGAGUUCUACGCAGAGAAGACUCACUGGAACUAACAGAUGGAAGUUGCUUGUGCAUGUUAGUUUCAGGGGUUCUAGCCUGAGUAGGAUUGGGUCAGUACAGCCCCAGUGUGUUAUUCCUGCAUCAAACCAGCUUGCUAGGAAUCACAAGCAAGGAGAAUCGCUGCUGUGGGGCUCCAGUCCUGCUUGUGUGUUUCCUAAAAGGGGCAUCUGGUCAGCCCCUGUAAGGACUAGAUGCCGGGCCCCUUUGGGUUGGAUCCAGCUGCUGCUGGAGUCUUCUUCCUUUCUCACGAGCAGUUUGCUUCUUUCCAUCUCGCACAACAACCUCAGAACGUGCCAGAAGGUGACCGGAACGACAAGAAGCCUCUCACACCACCCAGGCAGGCCCAGGAGUUGCUUCCUCCUUCCGUCCUGGACGCAGCCAGCCCCACAGCCACCGCCGGCCAGCAGGUGGACGGCAGGUAUGUGCUCAUGCUCUGCUUGUCCAGGCAGAAAACCCAAAGGGCUCUUUCAGUGUAGACAUUGGCGCUGGAGAGCCCCCCACCCCACCCCCCCGCUGUCCUAGUAUCCCAGAGCCACUCUAACAACUUAGCGGUUGUUCUGCAAAGGGAGCUGCUCUGGUGCAAAAUUCAUGGUUGGCAACGCUGCUCCUUCUUCACUUCUUAGGGUCCCAGCCCUUGUUUUGUACAGGCCCAGCCGUGCGUCCCCAAGUUUGGGCCUUGUGGGACAGAGUCGCCCCUGAUCCUGAGAGUCAUUGUGGGGUGGGGGGAAGUGUUCUUCCGCCUUAGAUGCCCCCCAGCCGGUUCCUAUUAGUCCCACCUAGUUUAGCCACCCGGAUUGAAAGCCAGGUGUAUGAUGAUGAUGGUGAUGAUUUAUUAUUAUAGCUGCUCAUCUGCCAGCUGCUUUGAGCAGCUUGGAGGGAAAGGGGGGUUGCUGUGUGAUGCUGGAAAUAAAAUACCGAGCAGCGGCAGCUCCUUCUGGCUGGCAGGCCCUUUCAUCCUGCCGCCAUCCUCCUCAAAGCCUCCUUUUCCCCAUCAGGUCUGCCUUCAAGAGCCCCCUGUGGAAAUUCUUUGGGCCAAAGCCAGAGAGGAAGAACCUCAAGGAGAGUCCCAACGUGUCGGACGAGGGCGAGAGCUUCCAGCUCUUGGCCUGCGUGCUACCCAUGGAGGGGCCAGCGCAGAGGGCGGCAGAAGGUGAGGUUUAUGAGUAGCUGGGUAUGUGGUGAGGAGAGAGAGAGAGAGGCAGGGAGAAGGGAAGAAGGGAGCCUUUCCUGGGUGGUUGACCUCCAGGUCUCGCAAGCAUCUUGCCUCCUGUACAAAACAUACAGUUCACAUUUGUUGCUCUGCCUGCCUCUGCCUUGCCACCCGCAGGCGGCCCUCGGAAGCUUGCCCAGGAGAGAAUGUGGCCCUCAAACCGACAAGCAUUUCCCCUCCCCAACAUAAGCUGAAGGCUUGGCUUGUGCGUCUUCUCUGAGGGGUUUCUAGCUGGGGGGGGUAUGGGCUGUCAGAGAAGAGCCGCCUUGAGCCCCGCCCUCUGCGUUUGUCCCCCGCAGCUCCCUCCGGGCCUCCGGACCACCCCCCUGGGGAGGAGCGCCAAGCCAAAGAAGGGGGCAAGGCGAAGAGAAGCCGCACCCUGAAGAUCAGGAAAGUGAAGACAGCGCCCGAGAAGUGGCGUGCGCCGUUCCUGAGGGAUAUCACCAACGCCAACGAGCUGAAGUACUUGGACGAAUUUCUUCUGAACAAGGUGAGAGUGGCCCAGCCACAAGAGCUCAGGUUUUUUUUGUUCUGGAUUUCAGUUCAUCUUAAAAAGCUGUCCGGAUGCCUGGGAUGGCUGCAUCAUUAAACAGAGGAAUCAAAGUGACUUAACCAGAUAGAGCACAAACAGAUAAAUCCAGUUUUUAUAGAGAUUACAGAAUGCACCAUCCUCCUCAGAGUAUCGGCGAUUAAAUCUGUGUCUCUGCUUCCCCCGCACCUCCCAGAUAAACGAUCUCCAUUCGCAAAAGUCCGCCAUCGAGUGCUUGUUUUUCGAAGCCACCGAGAAGUUCCGGGGCAACAUAAAGACGAUGUACUCCACGCCCGUAAGUAGCACUGGGAGCGGGGACUUCGUGUCUAACGUCCUGCUCCCACCUUUCCAGACUGAGGAAGUGCUUCCUCAGCAAAUCAGAGAGGAAUCCCCUCUAGCCCAGAGCCCUGUGCGGCAGAGGCGGCUGCCGUUGUCGAUUGGGCAACGUGCGGAUCGCUGUUAAAUGAAUGAACUUGCAGCGCGGCCUCUUUCCGCAGAACGGGCAGAUCCACGUCGGCUACCAAGACUUGAUGGAGAACUACCAGCUGCUUGUGGUCAACAUGGCGAAGCAGAGGGAGGAGAAGGAGGUCAAGCUGGUCCUCAACCUCUUCCAGUCCCUCCUCGACGAGUUCGCCCGCAGCUACGCCAAGAAGGAAGACCUGGGGCCAGCCAAGGUCUGUGGCGGCUCUUCCUUCCCUCGUGGGGCCAGCCAGACUUCCCAGGAGAGUUUUGUGGGUGUGGGUCAUACGGAUCGCUUAGGGAUGGAGACCUGUGCCCAGAAUAUCCUCCCUCUACCACAGGGGAGACCCCCACCCCUUCCUCCCGUUGGGGCUGUUUUUAUUGUCCCCCUCAGCCAGUUUUGACUCUUGGCAGGCCGGAUCCUCGGGUAAAAGGGUUGGGAGCUGCAAUUCCCAUCCUUUCUCCCCUAGCUGUGCCGACACUGAGGAUGAUGGGAAGAGAAAAGAGAGGGGGGAAUGAUAUUUUUUCCUUCUCAUUCUCCCCCCGACCCCCAACAGCAGAGCAAGGCUCAGAAGAAGAAGCGGAAACAGGAGCGCGUGGUGAGUGGCAUUCCGCCAGUGCUCAGAUUCGCUCGACCCUGGUGGCUUAAGUGGGAAUGAGGGCCUAGCUCCCCGAGUCCCCAUGCUCCUAAGCAUGUUAAGAGCGCCGUUCCCUCCGGAGAGAAGCGGUGGAGCCGUAACGCCCCUUCCCUUUGCCCGUCCCGCUUGCAGAUCGAAGAGCUGAACGGACACAUGUUUGGGAGCUACCAGGUGAACAUCCUGCAGUCGUGUGAGCAGUGCUGCUCCUACAUCUGGCCCAUGGAGAAGGCCUGUCUCUGCCGCAGUAAGUGGCGGGGGGGGGCAGAGGGAGGGGCUCACGGCUUUGCCACCUGCCACCCUCCCUUUCCUUUUACAUUUCCGGCACACGUUUGAGCUGGUUCUGCACGUUUUUGCCAUUUUACUGGGUGUCACAUUCCAACGCUACGCCGUUUCUCUCCUCUAGUCUGCAAGCUGACUUGCCACAAGAAGUGCCUCUGCAAGAUCCAGAGCGGAUGCAUGUCCUUGGCUGGAAAGAAGGUGGGCGACGCACACUCCCCCUGCCCAGGCCCCCCAGGGGUUUGGGGCUGGGUCUCCCAUCAGCCACAGGUGGCCCGGCCAUGUUAAAGUCCAAAACACUUGAAGGAAGCCUGGUUUAGAGUCUGUCUGUCUGUCUGUCUCUCUCACACACAAAUAUGCUGCCCCCCUUGGCUCACGCUCUGCCCCCUCUCCCGUUCCCAGGGCGACCACGACCUGGAGCCCCGCCACUUUGGGGUGGGUGUCGCCGCCCUGACCAGCGAGAAGAACUCCGUCCCCGUCGUCAUGGAGAAGCUGCUGGAGUACGUGGAGAUGCACGGCCUCUACACGGAAGGCAUCUACCGGAAGUCGGGCUCAGCCAACCGCAUGCGGGAGCUGCGGCAGGCCCUCCAGGCGGGUAAGCAGCAGCUUUCCCAGGGGGCUGUCAGGGACCGUGCUGAGGAGGAGCGGUGGGAGCCUCCCCCUGCUCUGGAUCCAGGCCCUGAGUCUUCCCAGGAGGACAGUGCAGUGGUACCUUGGUUUACAAAGUUAAUCUGUUCCGGAAGUCCGUUCUUAAACCAAAGCGUUCUUAAACCAAGGCGUGCUUUCCCAUAGCAGUGGUGGGCUCAAUUUACACUCUACUGGAAGAGGAACAUGUUCUGCUUCCAAGGCAAAGUUCACAAACCAAAACACCUGCUUCCGGGUUUGCAGCGUUCUUAAUCCAAGUUGUUCAUAAGCUAAGCUGUUCUUAAACCAAGGUACCACUGCAUAGAUUUGGGACGGUGGUUUGCAGAGGGACUUAGUUCAGAAGGCAGAAGCUGGGAAAUACUGCAUGGGGAACAGCUAGGGGAAGAAACACUGUGGGUGGGGAGGGUUAACAGAUUCACAGAUCACCCAAAAACAGCCGCCGCCGUUUAUUCCAGGGGCUGAACUGUUUGACACGGCCAGAGGCAGAUCAGGUGCUUUAUCCUCCAUCAGGGGCAAAGAAGGGACUCUUUCCCUUCCUUGCUCAAGGACACAUCUGCAGCAAAGGAGAUGUCCUGGCCUUGUGGCAGGGGGUUCCACAGACUCUGGGGAAGGGCCUCUCUCCCUCAUCCACCUUAAGGCAAAAGAGAAUCGUCCGCUGUUCUUGGGGAAGGGGCAGAGUCAUUUGCGUACAGUUCUUUUCUAAUAUCACCCACCUUCCCUCCUUCUUCUAUUUCUCCUCCUCCUCAGACCCAAACUCGGUGCGACUGGAGAAUUACCCCAUCCAUACCAUCACCGGGAUCUUCAAGCAGUGGCUGAGGGAGCUUCCUGACCCCCUCAUGACCUUCGCCCAGUACCACGAUUUCCUGCGGGCCGUGGGUGAGUUUCCGAGGGCCGGGCUGUGAGUCUGUGUGAGAGAGAGUGCCCCUCCAUCCUUAAACAUUAAUUAAUUUCAGCAGAGUCCCUCCGUUUCAUAAGCCAUUCCUCCUUCGCUGGUGGUAUUCCUUCUUCUGCAUAUAAAGUUCUAGCGUACAUAAAUAAGUCAGCUUUUUGGGACUCCUGUCCCCGUUAUUCGUAGCAAAAAGGCUUCAGGUCUUUUUUAGGAAUUAUCCGUUUAAACAUCCUUUUCAAUUGGCAGAACCUCCAUCUUCAGCUCUGCCGCUCUGAGCACCUCUUGUGGGUGGGCGGCAGCAGCGGGCGAGGGGCUCCCUUGCCUGUGGGCCCCGGUGCUCUGCUCUUACCUUCCCCCUCUCCCCACAGAGCUCCCGGGGAAGCAGGAGCAGCUCUGCACCAUCUACAGCGUCCUGGAGCAGCUCCCACAGGCCAACCACGACACUCUGGAGCGACUGGUCUUGCACCUGGUCAAGUAAGGACACCGCGCACCCCCCACAUGCUCCGCUCCCCCCCCCCGUGUGAAGCCACAGCUCCACAAUAUUUGCAUGCGCAUCUGAAAUCCCAAGAGGGAUGUCACUGACUUUGUGUUUGUCCUGAUUUUCGGACGAUCCUUUUCCAAAGGCGCUAAGCGUGGGUUUCUAAACGAGAGAGGAGUCUCAGCAUCAGGCUUGCAGAACUCAAAUAACCAGGCACACGAGGAAAGAGGGAGGGGAGGGAGAAGUGACCUCUUAAGACAGCAUUAUCCUCCCACUGGGGCCAGCAAAAGACGCUGGCAGCAUCCACAGGGACCGCCAAUGUGUCCUUUCUCUUUUCCAAUAUGUAAUUUCUCUCUCUCUCUGUGGCACAGGGUCGCCCUAGUGGAGGACUUCAACCGCAUGUCUCCCAACGCCCUGGCCAUCGUCUUCGCCCCUUGCCUCUUGCGCUGCCCCGACACCUCGGACCCCCUCACCAGCAUGAAGGACGUCUCGAAAACCACCAUGUGAGUGAGCCCAGGGGAAGCCAGGCCUGGAAUUAGCGGGGCAGGUGGAGCAGCGCUCAUCGACGCUUGGCAGGGGACCCGAAGAGUCCUCUCGCCUCCUUUGCUCCCACAAGGCCUUUCGUGAGCUGCUGCCCCAUAGAGACCCAGCCCCGCUCCUGCCCUACACGUGCUCCUGCGCUGGGAACUGGUUUUCGUUUUGUGACCCAGCUGCCUCCCUCCUGUGAGGCUGUAGAGCCUGGAUCAGUCCCUCCUGGAAGGGCGAGGAUGAUCUGCCUAGGGAGAAAACGGAGGUUGGCUCGUGUGCCCCUCGCCUGUGACCACCCACCCACACGGAGAAUGCAGGGUCUCCUCUGCCCUCCCAUUGCACCCCCUCCCAUGUACACCCCCUCCUCUUCCUCUCCCACCCACGCCGCCAGAGGUCUCUUGAGAGGGGGUUAAGCUCCCCGCCAGCCUCUCGCCCUCCCUCUCACUCUCCUCUCCCGACCGCUCUGCCCCAGCUGCGUGGAGAUGAUCAUCAAGGAGCAGAUGCGCAAGUACAAGGUGAAGAUGGAUGAGAUCUGCCAGCUGGAGGCUGCCGAGAGCAUCGCCUUCCGACGGCUCUCCUUGCUGCGGCAGAACUCGGUAAGCUGUUCCCCGAGAAAACCUGUCUGUGGAUUGCCUGGCGGGGUGGGGAAGUGGCUUGUGAAGUGUGAGCCGCUGCCAGUCCCAAAAAGGAGCUGCUGGUCUGAGUGGGCACGUCCGCUGGCCCCCUCCAGGAGUUCAGAACAUCCAAAGAGCCCUGCAGCAAAGUCGGGCCCAAAUUUACAAAUUUAGAAAAAGAAAAACCUGCCAAAAGCUUAUUAAGAUAAGGCACUUCCUAGUGUGACAUCCAUAGAAGAGACCCAUUAAAAUAAAUGGACGUGACGAACUUAGCGCCAUUCAUGUCAGUGGGUUUACUCGGAGCUUAACUGAUUGGGAUACAACACGGAUUGGUUGGAUUGGGGCAGGUGUUCCUCACCGCCAGGGGUCCCUGCUCUGCAGUACACCUGCGUCAUGACUAGUUUUUCAUUGUGUUUUUAUUACUCCUUUUUGUAAUUUGUUGCGCUCCUGUUUCAGUUCUCUGGGAUUCAGAUUGCAACAACAGCAUUGGGAGUAAACAAAGUAAAAAGGUUUCCUUCGUUCCCACUAUCACAUCUUUGCGUGCGCCUGUUGCAAUUUGAAUUCUGCGGGGAAAGAAACGAAAGGAGCUGCGGAAAUAGAUUUAGAAAUCGUCCUGCGUCUAGCACAGCACGUUGCAAUUGCUGUGGCAGGCAGGCAGGUUGCGAAGCGGCUCCGCCGAGGCCACGCCGACAAUUUUGCAAUUGAUUCAAGGAGAGUCCGGAAAGAAAUUGUGCGCCUCUGACGUUUGUGAGUGUGGCCAUCGUCUCUUUCUCCCUUUUUCUAGCUAUGGCCUGUAAAACUUGGGUUUUCCUCUCCCCGCAAGGGAGCGCCGGUAGGUAGACACUCUCUCAGUGCAUGACAAGUGGGGUGUGUGUGUGUGUGUGUGUUCCCCCGCUUUCUCUUUGACGGCCACACAGCAUGACCCCCAAAGCCAGAAAAGGCGACUUUUCAGAGCCGUUUUGUUUUUUAACCUGUUCCGCAUGCUGCGUGGCUGCAUGUAUCCCGAGUUACAACAGUCGUGUCCAAAUUGUGGUUUGCGGGGAGGUUGUAAAGCUAUGCUUCUCUUUCAGAAAAUAGAAACUGCUGCAAGUCUUCUCAGGGCUGCCUUGGAAGGCACUCCACUCUUUCUUUCUGUAAAAAAGGAUUUCACACUAACACCUGACGUUCUAUUCAUAUAUACAGUCAUAUAUAUGUGCCUUUUAUUAUAAUUAAAGUAGCAUAUGCUGGCUGGCUUGUGUCUGCUUGGUGGCAAGGGAAGAAGGUUCUUUGCACAUGGGCAGAAGCAGCCUUUAAUGCUGUGUCAGGCGUCCAUCCGUCCCCCAAUCUCACGGUGUGUAAGAACAAACAUUCCUGGAUACACAGGAAGCUUGGAGCAGGCUGUGAGGCUACUGAAACCUUUGGGGUUCUCCUCCCAGUUCAGCCUCACCACAGCCCUGCGAGGUAGACCCAAGAGUGGCCCGUCUACCUGCGCUGCCCCCAGAUCUUCCUCCUGCCUCCUCAGUGCCCUUUCCGCACUGCACCGGUUGGUUUUGCCGCCUGGGAAAAGCCGGCGAGCGUCAAAUUGCCCACCCAAAGGGUGCUGCUUCGUGUCUCAUUGCAACCCGGGAGGAGGCUUUUCGGUUGAACAGGCUUUGAAGGACCCUUUGCCUCCUUCCUGGCCCAGAACAGACACCAGACCUUGCUAUCUCUCCCCCCCCCCAUUCCUUCCAGAGCAAAGGCUCCCCAGAGGCUGGGUCAGACGAUGGCACUGCGGCGAAACUGGGCGCUAUCCUGGAGGGAGAGGAGACGGACAACCGGGAGAAAGAGCUGUUGAUCGAGAGGAUCCAGUCGAUCAAGGAGGAGAAGUGAGUGGCAGGCCCCCGGGGGGAGCGGAGGGGGGGGUUGGCUGGGAGCCAGAGGAGGAGUUUCCCUCCCAGCUGCCCUGGCAUUUCAGGGGCAGCGAUUGCCGCAGCAAUCUGGAGGUCCCAUUAAGAGAGAGGGAAACUUUUUUCCAUGCCACGCAGAGCUUUGUGAGCAACUCUUGACGCCGCCCCUUCCUUGCCUUUUCUCCUCUGGGAGCGUGGUGAGCAUGGCCCUUCUGUUCUCUCUCCGCCACAGGGAAGACAUCACCUACCGAUUGCCAGAGCUGGACCAGAGGGGCUCCGAUGAGGAGAACCUGGACUCGGAGACGUCGGCCAGCACCGAGAGCCUGCUGGAGGAGCGAGGGGGCCGCCCGGACCCCGACAGCCAGUAUUAA